AUUCUGCAUCAGACCUAAACGUUGGCGACCAGUGUCCAAUGCAAUUGGAUUAGCUGUACUUGCCCUAUUCUUCGUGGAUUUCCCAAGUCAUAAAAAAGGUAGUUAUAAUAGUUUCUCUUUUUUAGGGAAGAGGGGUGGGUUGUCUUUGUGUGUAAGGAACAGUGUAUAUCAUUCCUAAUGUCCAGUUUUGGCAUUUGUGUCAAUAAUAAAUAUUAUAUGCCAGUUAUGUCAUUGAGAAAAUAAUUUAGACCAAAGUAUUUUAUUGACACAAACUAAUAUCUCAGUGUGUUUACUGUAGUUUAAAGGCACAUUACUAUCAGUGUUAUUUUUUUGAUUUUAUCCCAUACAACAAUUAUUGUCAUUUUGACGAAAUCAUAGUCAUCAGAGUAGAGUACAGAGACUGAGAAGAAUUCUUGAAAGUUUAUCAUAUGUUCUAGCGGCUUCAGAAGAUAUGCUAAGAAAAUGUAAAUCCCAAGAACAUGACUGGAUAGGGCUGGAUAGACAGAGGGUUUGACAGACAGAUAUACCCAUCAGUAUAACAUGAUCCAAAUAACAAACUGCCACGUGACUGUAAGUUAGGAUGCAGCGUUAUUUAAUCAUUUAUUGACCAAGGCAACUCAUUUCACCUGGCAGCAGCUAUACUAUGGGUCAACAGAUAUCUCCAAAACAGAAGUUCUUAAAAAAUAAAUUAAGAUGGAAUCUUCAUGCAAAAACAGCUCGUAUGAUGUAACAUAAUAACAAGACGUAUAUAGGAAAGUUGUUUUAUUUAUAAAUGCCUUUAGGGGGAUGCAAUAAUAGAAUAUUAAUGGGUUUCUGGCGGACCUGCCUUUUUCCCAUCUAUCAUUGCAGCUGCUGAUGGCAAACACAUCAUCUCACAUGAUUUUCACUAGAUAUUUAUGGUAUCAAAAAAGGUCUUUGGAAAGUCCCACCGUCUUAAUAGUGUAGCUGUCUUCUUUGCAAAAGGUUACAAUAAGAAGCUAGGCCCAAGCUCUCUGCAACUUAGGUCUUUGUAAAAAUGUAGACGCUCCUUCCCCACUAAAUGAGAGGGCCACACUAAAGAGAAGAAUUUUUCUGGUUAGAUGGUCGCAUUAAGAUUUCUAUACAUUACUAAAUAUUGCUGCAUUGUGUAAGGAUAAAUUAUGUUUACCUUUGGUUCCUGUUAUUUUAUUGUCAUUGUGGGUCAAUGCAAUCACGGUAUGCUAACUUAUACACAUUUUUAAAUAAACAUAAAACACACAACAUAUUCAAUCUAUAUGUAUUUAUUUGGCAUAAAUGUUGUACUGUAUGUCCAUAUGAGUUAGGUGCUUUGUGUUGGUUAUAGUUAGUUGUUUUAUUAAUAUUAUUUUUGUACAGGUUCUAGGGUUGCAGUCCAGCUGUAGGCUUUCUUGUAGAAGAAAGAUGACAAUUUAAUGACAACUCCCUGAAACCAUAAAACACUUUUUAUGUGUUCAGCAGCAGUACCAUAGAGAAUUAACUGAGGCAUCAUGAUUGGCUGGAUCACUUCCUCGCCUGGGAAGAGCUCACUGCAGGAGUUGUACAAUUUAGGGUUUGCAGCAAAUGUAGAAACAUGAAAUCAGAAUAUUGUUUUAUAUUAUUUUUUUUAUUUUUUUUUGCAUAUAUACCUUAUCUGCAAUACAUUUAGAAUGAGUCAACGUAAGCUUGGUGAAAUCCCUUUUUUAUUCCUCUUAAAAUGUAUUUUAAUUCUUGUUUGUAGAAAUGGCUGGAUUGUCACCGGCAAAAAUGUUUUUUAUUAUUUUAUUUUUAUUUAUUUAUUUGUUACAGUCUCAGGGACAAGGCUGCCUGGAUUUAACAUAUGUUUCUAACUAUAUUGUAGUAAAACCAUUCUGUACUGAUCUAAAAAUAAAGAGACAACAGAUGUCUACUUAACCCAUUGGCUGCUCAAGGAUACAGUGAUGUACAAUCUUGCUGUGCAAUGAUCCAAUAACAGCUUCUUACUGUUAAAGCCCAUUUACAAUUAAAGCCCAAAUUUAAAACAGGAAGAUCUGUUUGCAUACUUGAAUCGACAAGAGCUCAACACUCAAAGCUGCAUCCUUCAGUAAAUAGUUAUGGUGCUUUUGGGUUGAAAGCACAGUAUCGUGGUUCUUGGUCAUACCAUUUUGCAGUGGUUUGACUAAAAGUGAGGGUCACCGAGACACUUCCUAUGUUCCCCAGAAUUGCUAAUGUGGCCGUGGAAUCUUGCAUUAGCAUAUAUUAAUAUCAUUUAUUGGUUAAGCAGUUCUAAAAUGUUGGAGCUGUAUGUAUCUGGGCUGCAGGUGCCUUGGGGAAUUUAGGUAAAACAACUCCAAAAUUGUUCUCAUUAAUUUAUGAAAAUAUUGAAAGGGUUACUCCAACCUACAUGACCACUUUUGUAUGUAGACGUAGUCAUGGAAGAAGCAAUCUGUAUGUGCAGCAUUUCAUCUUGUUACACCCCCAGCAGCCCGUUACAUGAUGUUAAUUCUGCAAAAAUUACGUCUUCUGUGCAGUCCCUCCCCAACUCCAUGGAAUUACAGUUAUUUUUUUUGUUUUUAAAUAUCUUCCUCCCUCCCUUUUCCGCAUCACACUCCCUCCCCUCCCUGGUUCAGAGCACGCUCAUGCGCUCCCAGCCUUGAGAUCAGUUAAACCAAAUGCUUCUCUAUGAGAAACAUUUGAUUGGUCCACAGAGAAUGAAAGGGUGAUGUCAGACAGGGCGUGGAAGAACCAUUCCUGGUGCUGGAUUGAAAGUAAGUUUAUUCUUUAUAAAUGCUAAAUCUUUAAUAUACAUUUAUAAGAAAAUUAAGUAUGAUUAGUGAUGUGCCGAACGGUUCGCCGAACGGUUCGCUUACGGUUCGCGAACGGUUCGCCGGUAACGGUUCGCCACGGACUCAUCAUUGAGUAAACUUUGACCCUGUACCUCACAGUCAGCAGACACAUUCCAGCCAAUCAGCAGCAGGCCCUCCUUCCCUCCCAGACCAUCCCACCUCCUGGACAGCAUCCAUUUUACAUUCAUUGUGAAGCUGCAUUCUUAGUGAGCUAUCCAGGAGGUGGGAGGGUCUGGGAGGGAGGGUCUGCUGCUGAUUGGCUGGAAUGUGUCUGCUGACUGUGAGGUACAGGGUCAAAGUUUACUCACUGAUAAGUCCGUGGCGAACCGUUCGCGAACCGUUCGGCGAACCGUUCGGGACAUCACUAAGUAUGAUAUCACAUUAUCAUAUAUAUUAUUUCACUGUUUUAUUUCUAUUGAAGUGAUGGCUCCCUUUAAACAUUUAGCACACCUUUAUACAGAGACAUCUGGAUAAAGCCAUUUUGUCCUACAUAUUUUCAAGUGUUUUAUCUGUACCAUUCUGCAUGCUACUCUCAUUAAUGAAUUUUCCAAAUGCUGUUUUAAAACAUAAACCUCCUGUUUCAAUCCACAGUGUGUUUCCAUCUACAAUACCCCUGCAUGCUUGUUGCCAUACAACAAAAAGUUAAUAGUUUAUCUUGUUCUUUUGAGAUUUUCCAUUGGUUAAUUUGGCAACUAAGCAAGCAAAUUUUAUAUGUUUUGCGAAAUGCCUGAUAGUAAUUUUCCUAAAUGUGUUUAAAUGUUCACCACCCUUAGACAAAUUAAACUAAUUUCCCUGAACAAUGCAAUAGAUUAAAUGGAUCUGCCUCCACUGCUAGAUUGCUUCUAGAUUAUAUGUACCUGGAUUUAUUUAAGUGGUGACUUAACUUAAAAUGAUUUCACUGAUUAAUUUAUGUUGGUCAGAUAAUGUUGUCAUGGCAAAUGAGGGCUCUCAUUCACAGCUAAAAAUAUGUAUAUAUGAAAAUUAAUGAAUUAAUUAAAUGUAAAUUAUAUGUUUAAUAUAAGGCACAUUUGAUAAAUGAUGAAUGAUAAAUGUAUCAUAGAAAUGUUUUGAUACAUUUUGCUCUUUUCAUAAAGUCUAAUUUUGUUUAGAGUUGUGAGAUCCACCAUGUUUUUCUAGAUAAAAAUAUCUUCUACAAUUGUUCUACAGAGAUUUAAUGCAAAUACAAAAUGUACAGCAUAAAGUCACGAAUGCAAGAAGCUGUAAAGUAUAACACAAUAAUAACAAUAAUUGUCAACCAAAAUCUUGACUCUGGCUGCAGGGGAGGUUUGCUAUAAAUGUAACUGUCGAACCCUUUUGGAGAAUAUGAUUCAGAAAGGUCCCAAGGGGCAGCACUAGUAAUUCUAUGAUCCGUAUAUUUGUAUAUCUCAUAUCGUGGGUAGAAUUGAGUCACAGUUAGCCUAGCUGUUAAUAGAGAAAUUGGAAUUUGUAAUGUUUGCUUAGGGUGGGAAGAGGGGAGAGAGAUGUGGAUGAAUGAGGGAGAUAGUGCAUGGGGAAGAUGGGAGAGGGAGGAAAAGUAACAAAUCCCAGUGAAGGCAGGGUAUGAGAAAAAGGGUUUUCGGAAAGAGUGUGUCAACCCGUCUGCCAUCAGAACCCUUAGAGCCCCUUACAAACCUAGGGACUAGGCUUCCACUCACCCAUGCGCAGACUCUCACAUACAUGCCCUAACGCAUAGACACCACUCAUAUAUACACACAUAUACAUUACAGACACACAGAUACACACACAUACCCAGAUACGAACUGCCAAACAGAGAUACACACAUGGACACUCAAUGCCAGACACCCACAGAUACCAAUACAAACUACCAGACAGACAAACACACUGACAAAAAUACAUGCUCAUGCUGACAGCCAUGCACAGACAAAAACAUUCACAAAUGCCUGAGAUACACAUAUUGGUUAACACACACACACCGACAGACACAUAUGCACAAAAAUUGCACACAAAUUUAAGAAGUUUUAGCCUCCCUCCACUUUGCCUACCAUUUGUCAGCAGUGUUGCUUUCCUGUGGUCCAAAAUUGGUCUGCCUCCAAGCUGUGCUUAGAGGGCUGUGCAUCAUGCAUGACUUCCUUUGAGCAUUGGGAAGAAGUGCACGGACAUCACUUCCUUCCAGUGCGGCCAUACUUAAAAUGAAUGGAAAGAGGCUGUACUUGUAAGGAUUGACACAGGUUACAAGCAUCCUUCACAUAUUUUUCCAUAUUCUCUCAAUCAGUUGGAUCAGAUAUAGGGUAAAAAAUGUCCUGCUAACAAACACAUGUGCAUAUAAGACGUGCCCUGGUAUGUUAUUAUUAUUAUUAUUAUAAGUAAAGUGACAAUUUAUUCCUCUUUACUGUACAAUAAAUGGAAUAACAAACAAGUAGUCGCCCCAAGACAUACAGGAACAGAAAGUUGUGCUUCAUUUGAGAAUUUUUAAACUCCAUCACAUCAAAUAGCAUUAUUCACUAAAGCGUGAACUGACCGGAACUACAUUCAAUUCAAAUCAAUAGGAGGGUGAAUUCAAAAUAAAUUUCAAUCAGAAUCCAAAGUAGCUGACCUGGAAGCAUAGUUGACUGUAGUGAUUAUGGUGCCAGGAGCUCUGUGGUGUCAUCCCAGGAAAACACUUUUCGAAUGAUUUGACACUUAUCUGUAUCCAUCGAAUGCUCAUUGUGCUUCCAGUCAGCACAUAAUACCAAAGUUCAUAGGUAUACAUAGAAUUGAAGAGACUUGCAGCAAAGUUGCUUACAAGUCCCUACAUAAUGCUGCUCCAACCUACCUAUCCUCCGUAAUACACAAAUAUGUCCCGUCGAGGCCCCUACGCUCUGCCAAAGACCUACGUAUAUACUCUCUCCGUAUUUCCACCUCUAAUGCUCACCUCCAAGAUUUCUCCAGGGCUGCAUCUCUCAUGUGGAACUCCCUUCCCUUCUCUGUAAGACUUUUUAUUCAAAAAUAAUUGAAAACUCACUUCUUCAAGAAAGCAUAUCAAUUAAACUGUUAGCAGGUUUUUAUCCCCCACCCCCAUGACUCCUCUCCUGCAACUGUCAAAAAUUACCUAGUAAGCCCUCAGUGAAUAUUUUUCUAACAACCUACUUCGUACCCCUACGUUUACCCUUUGUGUCACUAUACCCCACUCCCUCUAGCAUGUAAGCUCAUUGAACAGGGCCCUUCACCUCUCUGUUCCUGUACAUCCAGUUGUCUGGUUACAAUUACAUGUCUGUUAGUCCUCCCAUUGUACUGCACUACUGAAUCUGAUGGCGCUAUAUAAAUAAUAAUAAUAAUUAACAUACUAAUACAUACAAAAUUUGGACAUUGCUCAAUGGAGAACGUCUUCACUUUUAUAAACAACCUGGGCCUUAGUUUUUGUAAAGUAUAAACAAUAAAUAAAUUUUUGAAAAAUACAAAUUCUGUAAAUUUACACAAUUAAAUUUUUUAGGUACCCUGACAUCAGUUUUAUUCAAUAUUCCUGAUUUCGCAAUAUAACGUACCUUGUAAAACUUCCAAUACUCCCCCACCACUAAAUUGAAAUGUUAGAAAGUGUAAAUGUAAGUGUAAAGGUUCUAUGUUUAAGUAUCCCUAUAUUUUAUCAUCAUAGAAAAUGGUCUUUUAGUUCCAACUUAAAAUGGAAAAUAAGAAACCCAUUUUUAAAUGAAUGCUAUUUUUUUUUAUUUCCUGUGAAAUAACAGGAAAUUCUUACUAUACUGAGCAGCAAAGUGUUUUGUUUUGUAUUGAUAGUAUAAGCAGCCUGCCUACCAAUUACAAUUUGGCAAUAAUAUCAAGUCUCAACAUGCCUCAGCAAACCUGCCAGCUUUUAAUAAUUCACAGUGUGAUUUACGUUUUGGCCGACAUUUAAAAUUGCAGAAUUAAAAUAUUGACCAUCAAGUCUGAAUUUCUACAACAUUCCUCCAAAAUGUUUCAGUAGUAAAAAUGUAAAAAUUCACAUGUAACAAAAUCUUUCUAUAAUUUUUUACUUUCAGCAGGCCUCAAUAAAAAACAAGUCUCAAGCAGCAUACAUAUCAUGGUUAAAUAAGUACUUUAAAAAAAUAUAAAGAGCUUUAAUCAUCGAUCAUCGAGUCGAUAAUGAUUAUGUGUGCGUGUAUGUGUGUUUGCUCUAGGGCGGCAGAAGCCUUAUAGACAGAGAGUAGGUUGUAGACUGUCUAAAUAUUUAAUCCCAGGAAUCCACACAGCAUAACAGGAUAGGAUUGCAAAGAGACAGGUAACUUAAAAGGUACAUUCCAAUCAUCACAACCACUGGUUACUGAGCCAGGUAUGUCCUGGCAUCCCCCAUGUAAGUAGUCAAACUGUUUUCUAAUGGUGUUUAGUGAUGCUGAUGCGUACCUCAAUGAGGGCCAGAAGCUGUCUGCUUAAAUUAAAGGAACAUUCCACACAUCUAAUACACAUUAGCUUGCUGGAGAGCUCUGUGUGAAGAAUGUGGUCUUUUUUUCAUUUUACUAAAAGUGCAGAUUCAAUAGAAAUUGGCACUUUUAUAAAUUAACCUUGUGACACCCCACUGGCUGUCAAUCAGACAACUAGUCCUGUUACUUCCUGGUUGUGUAGUUCAGUGAAGUUAAACUCAGGAGGCAGCAAUUGCCCAGAGCAUCUGCUUUGCAAAGACUUCUCAUUGAACUGGGAAGUCUCUGAUUGGACAGCCACAGAACGUCUGGUCGAGAGGGAAAGGACAGGGGCAGGCUCCCACCAGACCCCAGUUAAGAAGUUUUAACUGUUAAAACAUACAUACAUUUGGGGGGGUGCCAAGGCACUCCUAACAUCAUAACCACGACAGCAUACAGUACUGGUUUUGGUUCUUGGAGUGUUCAUUUCAUUCAAAUGUAACUUUAUUUACAGUCUAUUUAAACUUGAAUGAAAAAAAAUGUACAUAAAUGCUAAGCAUUAAACUGUAGCAUAAUCAAUCACAUAACAGCAUAUUCCAUUUCAGAUCAGCCAACUAAGAAACAUAGUUUUGCUGCUCCCAUGAAUUUUUAUACAUUAUUGCAUUAUACGCAUUUUCUUAUCUCAUAACUACUUUAACUAUAUAUUGAAUGCAGUGUUAAUCUAGGCUAUAAUUAAUGUGGUUUAGAUGUACACUGAUUUCCAUUUACAAUAUCGGCUAUUUAAUAUUUAUUAUUGUUGCUUUAGAACUGUUUUGAUCUUUUUCUUAAGACUGAAUUGUAAGCACUGCAUUUAGGCUUUUUACUAUUCUAGUCUCAGGCUUAUUUUAGUGACAUUUCUUUAUAUAUUUUCUUAUGUUAUAGCUAACGGUUUUUCCAUUUUAGAAGUUUAUAUAGUGUGGGGAGAAAGUGGACUUCCGUAGACAGCUGUUAGUUACAGUUCUGUCAUCAGAGCAACUUGUGCUUGAGGCGGCCAUAUUGGUUGGCAAGAUUGGCAUGAGUGAUAGUUUCCCAUUUAUUAUUGCGCGUUUUUGUCUCUGAAGUUAAUUUAUCAGCUGUGUAAGAACUGGGAAAGCUGCCUCAGUCAGAAAUCUUCAAGCCAGCUUUCCUGGCUUUCCACGGUGUACGCAAUUUUUUUUUCUUUGAGGAGAAUUCUAUUCCCCACAAGUUUACUUUGCAGUUUUCUGUUAACAAGUGAUUUAAUUAUAUUUGGCAGCUACAUUACAGCUAAUAAAGUUUCACUCAAUUAUUAGUUUCACUUAUUGAUUUACUAUGGCAAGUAAGAGCCAGAUAGAACUUACAACCCUUGACAAAUAGGUCAUACCACUGACUCCAAUUUGGAGACUAUUAAAAAGGACUAGAUCAAAGUGUUGAGUGGCGACCUUAUUUUCCCUGCGAAGUGGGUGUUCAGUGUAAAUAUCCAUCCAUAGAAUGGCUUCAAUUUAAUAUUUUUAUUAAGCUUUCAAAUGAUAUAAUUAUAGUUUUUUUUAUAAACUUCUAAAAAACGAUUAAAUAUUUUGAAAAAUGUUUUAUUAUGUUAAUAUUUUUUCCGAUAUUUUUUUUAUAUGAUAUCUUGUGAUAUCUUAAUAUAUUGAAAAAAAUUAGAAUGUUCAAAAUGGAUCCAAAAAUAUUACAUUAUUUGAAAAGCUUAUCCAAAAAUAUUAAAUCACAGCCAGUAUCAGAUAAGGAGAAUCUGGAAGCGUUUUCUCAAAAUUUGAGAAGGUGAUGCAAAAUUGUCCAUUCACUAAACAUGAAAACAUAAUGAUUUGUUGCAUUUAACCCCUUAAGGACACAUGACAUGUGUGACAUGUCAUGAUUCCCUUUUAUUCCAGAAAUUUGGUCCUUAAGGGGUUAAACACUUAUCCAGAUGCGGGGCGAAAGAGAUUCACACGUAGUGGGAAAGAAAAGAAUGUGAGAAUAAUCACAAAAUAAAUGAGGCUAAUACUUUCUGUCCUUUAAAAAAGCAACAAUUCUUCAGACAAUGAUUUUGUCAUUGAUAAAAGUGGUCAUGAAUGAUACAGAGGACAGUGAAUUAGAUGAGUUUGGGUUUCUGGGAAUGAAAGGAGGAAGCUAUUUUGAUUAGCCAAGGAAAUCUUAAGUUCGAUAUGUUAAAAAAGAUAUCCCUCCGAAACUGAUAAGUUAAAAACCCAUCUCAUGUAAAAUGUUUAACUGUGAUUUGUACUUAUAGAUCCAAAAAUGUGAAUGCAAAAUUUGUGUUGUUGUUAUUAUUAUUAUUAUUAUAAUUAUUUAGACAUAAGAAAAGAGCUGCAACACUAAAUGGUGACACUCCGAAUGUGUUUCUCGCUGGCUAAGUAUGAUAGUCCAAAAGAGAUGAUUUGCCUUAAAGUUAGUUGAUACUGAUUUUGAGGGACCUAUACCUCAUAAUUUCUUUAUUCACAUAGCCAAAAUUCCAUGUACAUUGUACAAUAUAAUUAAGGCUUUUCUGUAAGAUUUUUUUGUACAUUCCAUUGAGAAAAAAAACGACUUUAUUAUAUUUUCCAAUCAGUUGUUUGAUGUCAGGGUACCCACCUCUAGCCAGUGUUAUUCACCUACUCAAUGUGACACAGUGCAUCAUUCUAGGGUCAAUUUUGAUGCAGGACGCUCCAUCCAUCAUCACAAGGUUAGCAAAAUUUGACACUUGCAUGACAUCUGUGGCCCCAACAAACAUGACACAGUGCGCCGUCCUGUCAUUGAAAAUAACACAAGUUGUCCUCAAACCAACCAACAUAGUAUUAAUGAGAGAACGAGCACCGAGAACGUUGUUCCAAUGUCAUGAAUUAUGUGGAACACUGUCCGUAUAAUUUCUUAUAUAGCCAGAAUGACAGGACAGUGUCUUUCUCGCUUUACACUUCUAUGGUGCUCUGGCAUUGUUCACCAGAUGACACCAGACAGUAGCCCUAUAUUACCUCAGUCCACCAGGAGACGUGUGCCAUAUCAAGAUCUUUCAUAUCCUGAGAGUGCGUUCUGUACUGGCCUCUGAUUGUUUGUAUGUUGACAUUGACUUGCUUUUGACUAUUUUGAUCUCGCCAAUCUUGACCUUACCCUUGCUUACCCGUAUUACCACUAUUCUGUACUCCUUUGACUAAAGCCUGUUGCAUGAUAUUUCUAUUUCUUUAUAUUAUGUUAACCCCAGCCAUCUCAAAUGACCAAACUGUCCUCUGUAUUGUUCCGUAUGUGCGUGUUGGGAUUCUAAAACAUUCUGACAGCUGAGGCCACUGACCAAAAUUUACAGUCUAAUCUUAUUGUCCUAGAAGCUCUGAACAGAUGAAGUAAACUGAAAUGUUAAAAUUAGCAAUAUUUAUCUAAAGAAUACUUGGUGGAAAAAGAACCUGAAUAUGGCCAAAGGCAUAAAGAAGAGAUUUAUGAUUUAGAAUACGUGUAUAGUGUGUAUGUGUACUUGUGCAGAGACAGAAAUAAUAGGUUUUGCCAAAAGGCAACAAUUUUAAAAUGUGCUUGUGGAUGAAUGAGUUGAUGUACUUCAAAUGUUUAAAGGAUAGCAUAUUAAUUCUUGAAAUUUCUUUAAACUGUAAGGACCUUACAUGCUCUUUUAUUUUAAAUAUGUUUGGAUUAUUGGCUGUAGAUCAGGUUUUUGCACGCAAUGUGUCCUCUGCAGUGUAAUGUAAAUCCAAAUCUAUUUUUGAAAUGGUAUUAGUGUGAUAGUAGGGCAAAUAUGUUUACGUGUGUAUGUAUGUGUAUAUAUAUAUAUAUAUAUAUAUAUGCCCAAAGAGCACCAUACUCUCAUUGCUUCAAUUCCUGGUCAACUGGCUGCAAUCCUGCAAAUUUUUUAUUUUAUCAUUGUCAAGAGGAACAUUCUAAUAACCUAUGUCAGCCUACAGUAUACAUUGACGUACUACAUUAAAGAGGACAAGGGAGUGCAAGUUGAGGCUCACUGGGAUACAAGGACAAGUGCCCCAAAAUUACAGCCUCUAGUAUUAACACAUAAUUAAAUCACCAUCCCUAUGACUCAUUCUCAAAAAAACACAUAGGGAGCUUCGUGAAGCUACAAUUCAUGGCUAAGCUGCAGCUUGGGAACAGCUCAUACCCAAGGCCAGCUCACGACAACACAAAACCUAAUGAAAGAAGUACAAAACAUGGAUUCCUUUGCCCUGGAAAAAAAGUUAUAUGGUCUCUUGAGUCAUCGUUCACUCUAUUUUCUACAUAUGGACAGAUUUAUGUCUGGAGAAAACCAACAGAUGCAUUCAACGCAAAAUGUCCAUUGACGACUGUUAAACGUGGUGGGGUGUCUGUAAUGAUACGGUCAGCUAUCUCGUGGGAGUCAUUAAGUUUGACGAUUGGUCUAUGUGGUCAUAUAAUGGCCAAGGAAUUAUUGCAUUUAUAGGACCAGGUGCACAGUGCGGUUCAAAGACUUCCCUCGUGAUGUUCUUAUAUUCCAGAAGGAUACUGUUAUUGUGCACACUGAUAAACACAUGCAAAAGUGGAUUCAUGAAUUCCAAGAUGUAGUACUCAAUCCCCUUCUACAGACAGCCUAUCAUCCACAAUAGCCAAGUGCUGUUCCCCUCUCACUUGAGAGCGGGGUGUAUGGUGAAUUUGAGUAGAAAUGUCUUUAUAAUGAAUCUACAGCCAAAAAUCCAAACAUAUUUACAAUAAAAGAGCAUGUCCUUACAAUUUAAAGAAAUAUCAAGAAUAGCUGGGGUGGCAGCUAGAAUUGGAUAGUCUCAGAACUAGUCACAUCAUAGACAAUCUUCUGGGUUAAGGUCUAUCUGACUCUUCUUCAUUUUCAAACGUCAGUGGGUAAACCUAUACUUGGAUGACCUUACAGCGACCCUUUGAAAACUUGUAGGAAGGAAGCUCCAGAUACCACACAAAAUUAUAUAUUUUACAUUUUUUUUGGCAUCAAUAAUUAUCUGUAUAUUUUACCAACUUAAUUUUAUCUAGGUUUUUCAUAUUUAUAUAUAUUUCAGCACUCUGUCCCACCUCCCUCAUUCUAAAAUACCUCUUCUUGCUGGUUCUUGAAGACACGUUUAUAAUAUCACAGCUAAAUAAGCCCACACUUUCUGGUAUUCCCCUCUAAACCAUAGUAGCACAGUUGUACGUAUCAUCAAGAAGCACUGCAAAGGUUUCUGGGAGUGGUACUGCACAACCAUCUGUUCUGAGCACAACUACGGCUGUGCACGUAUAAACUCAUAAAAAAAAGUAUGGCCAGUAACUGGCUUCUCUUUAGUUUAAACUCUGGUGGCUUUGAAGUUAUCAAAACGCGUCAAUAUUGGAUUUUAGCUCGUUUAUUUUAAACAGACAGUCCAAUGUCAUUUUUUAAAACUUUUUUUUCCAAAAAUUAGCUACAAUAGUUUUUACUUUAUAAAUCUUUUUCCACAUCAGUAAAGCAGUGCUUUACUACAAAAAAGAAAGUUUGUACUAUUUAGCUAUUCAUUCUGUUGUGAUUUCAAAACUGAUACUUGUACAAAGCAUUAGUGAGGACAUGUAAUAAAAUCCAAAUGAAAAAAAGAGCUAGAUGGUAUAUAAUAGUUGUCUUUUUUCACAAACCUGGUAGAGCUAGAUGGUAUUAUUCAGAUAUUCUUUACUCAUUUAAAAAAAAAAAUUUUUUUGUAAUUUUUACUACCUUGACUUAAAGUACUGCCAACAUCCUAUGUCAUUAUGACAACGGAGAACAUAAGAUCUCAAUAUUAGUCUUCCUGAUCGGAACGUCAUGGAAUAACAGACUGUUAACAUUAACUGAGUAUGGAGCUCCAUGCCAUCCUUAACCUUUUUAUACGUACGUCAGAUGCUCAGUUUACCUCCCUUUCAAGAAAAUUAAAAAAAUUUUUUUUUAAAUGUUUGCAAUUAACAUGAAGUGAAAAAAAUUACUAAAGAUGAUGUUUCUCUUUGGCAGUUGUAUAUUUUCUGGGAUAUUUAUCACUAUAAUCAUUGUAGUGUUAGAUUAACUGUGCUAGAUUCAAACACAGGUUGAUGACCAAUGCACAAGGGUAAAAAAUGAGUAUGUUGUAUUUAUAUUAUGGCAAUAUUUACUAUGUUUGCCCUCAGUCCUUCACAAGCACGGAGGAAAUAUGAAGUUUACUUAAUUUAAAAAGGAUUUGUUGAGUAAGGUGCCAAUUCUAGCCGCCAACAACAAGUUAUAGUCGAAUAAUGAAAUUUUUUUUUAACUGUGUGGAAAUCAGAUCUACUUGAGAUGAACUUGAGAUCUAGAAUUUAUGAAUGUAUUAUAUGUUUAGUUUGUCAAAAGCCCCACUGAGUUAAGCCUCCCAUUGCUUUUAAUCUGGUCUCAAACCAACAGCUGAAUUUUCUGUGCACUGAGCAGGAGUCUCGUCAUGUUCAAUAUCUACAGGACCUCAGCUGCUUUCACAUUGCAUCUUGCAUUGCACAUACAAAGGAUCUAGCUACUCCGUUAUUACAAAUGGCACUUGGACAUAAAGUAGUAAAUGCUUAAGAUUAGCAAGGUCCCUAGUAAGUAUUUACUACAUAGAAGUGCAGAGUAAAUUUGCAGUUUUUGCUCUACACCCUUUGAAGAGCUUCUAGCAAAUCUACCCCCAAUGAGUCCAUCUUGUUAUGCAAUAUGUUGGUCAUAGCAAUUGGUCAUCUAAAAAGGGUGCAGUUACCAAUGGAAUGUGCCUGUGGUUCCACUUGUUUCCAUGGCAAUUGCUCCACUUUUAGUGCUUUACAUGCUACUAAUGAAAGCUGAAGUCCAGACUUUCCCAUGGGACAGAUUAGGUACCCGCCUAUCGGUGCAUGUUCUGUAGAGGGCACCUGUUUGCAUCACUUAAACGUACAAUUUUGGAGGUGGGCUGGUGGAACGAUAUAAGUACCUGGAACCUUGGCCAGUGUCCUCUGUAGUCCAAUCAGUCUCCUAUGUUUAAUAACAGAGCUGCAGGAACAGUUAUUGAGGGCGUAAGACUUAGUGCUGUCAAGCUCCUCCAGUGUCUGUGUGUGAGGCUGGACAGGAAGUGGAAGGGAUCAAUCACUUCCUAUCUGCCCACUAACAGCCUCUCACACAGGAAAUACCUUGCAGGAUAAGCAAGGGCGGCAUUGUAAUGCAUACUACUGCAGUUCAACAAUCAUGGGAGUCUGAUUGGGCUGUAGAAGACACAAGAGGCAGUGUUAAUUUUGGCAGAAAAUUUCAAUUUACUUUUAGUCAUAUUCCUUUGACUAAAAAGCCAUUUUAGUUUUAGUCAUUUGAUUUGUUUUCAUUUUAGCUUAGUUUUAGUCGACUAAAGCUCCAGUAGAUUUUAGUUGACACGGCUAAAAUCUAAUGUGUUUUAUUAAAGCCUCUAUCUGUCUCUUUUGCCCCUUCCCCGGUCCCUCUGUGUCUCUUUUGCCCCUUCCCCAGCCCCUCUGAGUCUCUUUUGCCCCUUUCCAAGCCCUUUUGAGUGUCUUUUGCCACUUCCCCAGCCCCUCUGAGUCUCUUUUGCCCCAUCCCUCCAUGUGUCUUAUUCUCUUAGUCCCCCCAUGUGUCUCAAUUCUUCUCCUCUCUCCCCCGUUUGUCAUUUAGUUUGUCAUAGUUUCUUUUUUUACUAAAAAGCCAUUUUAGUCUUAGUCAUAUUUUAGUCAUCUGAAUUGUUUUAGUUUUAGUCUAGUUUUAGGCAACUAAAUCUCAAAAACAUUUGUCUAAUAGCCUAUUGCCUAACCCUAAAUUUAACCUCUCCAAAAAUCUUUCCUUAGUCCCACAUUUAGGCAAUCAAAGCCUGAACCUAAAAGAAACAAACCUUUACCUUAAUCCUAGGCUUUAUUUCGGUUAAACAUGAAACACCCCACUUACCCCAGUACUAAAUUUAACCAAACUCUAAACCUAAACCCAAUAAUCCAUAACACGUCAUGGCAUGUCUGCCAUCCGUUCCAAUUUCAGGUCCUAUCUCACUGUCCCGACUUGCCAGGGAAGUGUCCCCAGAAAGUGUUGAGCGAACGCAUUAUUAGACAUGCUUGUGCUAUAUUCAGGGCACUAUGAUACAGCACACUUUGCCUGGUCCAUCCUUGGUGGGCCGGUCUGCUUGAUUGGCAGUCUGAGUCAGCCUGAUUCUUUGAGUGGUGCUUGGUUGUGUUUAUGUGUGCCAGGGUUGAAGUCUUUCUUGAUUAUUUUAUAUUUAGGAUUUUAAAAUGUAAAAAAAACGGUAUCAGAUUUUCUAGACUCGAUUAAAGUAUGCAAUUUCUCACAAAACCAAAAUUACAAACAGUUCCUUCUUUAUUCAAAUGUUGUAAAAAAAAAAACUCUUAAAAAGAAUCUUGCUUAAUACAGUAAUACACUUCUGCAUUAACGAUUUCAGGUUUUUUUUUACCAUAUUUGGAGGGUACUGAUAACUGUGAGCAUCAACUGAUAUGCUUUGACGAUCACUUCUAUCUAGACAGGUACAAAAUUUAUAUUGGUAAUAAAACAGGGUAAAUUCCACUUUAGCAAUUCGGCAGGUGACGGGAAUGGUCUUUGGGUUCCUGGGGGACCCGCAAUUUUACUCAAACACUUGACAGGGCUAAUAGCCUAUAUUCUAUAGUGGUUAUGGUGUUUAUACUGCCCCUUUAACUGUUUGCUGCUGUGGACAUUAUAGUGUAUAAACAAUACAAUAAUCUUUAGAUUUCCAGAUUUGAUUGAAUCUAUUUAUUGUAUAUAUUUUAACACAUCUUUGGAUUGCUCUUUUGAAAGCUUAGCUUUACUACAUAGAGGGUCAAACUUAUCUGAGUGGAUGUAUAAUCCUGCCACACGUUUUCAGAUGCCUGCAUGGUUUGGAGGAAAUCUGUCUUCUUGACAGCUUUAGUGUGCCUCUGACACCUUACCUCUGGGUUUCUCAUUAGAUGAAUCAUGUCUCUGGUCAGAAGGUGGUGUUUCCCUCUGCAGUCAUGUCAUCUAACAAUGCUGAGAAUUCAUGUUUCUAUAUUAGACUACCUGUUCCUGAUCUGACCUGAUUCUUUAAUUGCCAGAGCAGCCCUCUAUUGAUUUUAAUUUGUGAAAUGCUCUCCUUUAAACCAAAAUCCCUGAAUCUAGUUUACACAGUGCAAGCGUGUCUGAUGAUGCCCUGUUGCUUGGGUGAAUGGGGGUCCCCAAAAGCAUGGAACAGCGAUUACUGUCCCUAAAAGCAGGAUCCAAGAGGGCAAACUAAGAUGGUAAAUCAAUUUGGCAAUGUCCUGCCAUAUCUGGGGCUAUUGAGAGGUAUAAACCCCCAAUUAUUAUACUGACUUUAUUUUGUCUGUCAAUCCUCUUCUGUCCCAAAAGAACUAUUUUGGGCCAGUUUGUUUUAAACCAUUUUAAAAUUGUUUCAAAAACAUGAGGGCUCUCAUUUUCCUUACAAUGCCCCUCUCAUGCUGCUCAGCUGAUAAAGGCAUGAAUUUCCACAACAGCCCAUCCAAAUCUCUGAAUAACUGAUGACAGCCCAGCUCCCUACAGCCUUCAUUGGGUGUUUGAAACUUGUUACACAGUUUCAAGAUGGCAACCUCCAUACUGAAACACUUUCAGUUCUUAAAGUGGUUACAGUUAAAAUAAUGCAAAUAAUAUUCAUAUGUUGAGUUUAUUGUGAUAAACUCACAGCAGAAUUGCUAGGAAAAAAAAAAAUAGUAUGAGGUGCUGUCACUGACAAGUCCGUGUCUCUGGAACUAAUUUACGAUUCUAAUGGGUAUAAUGACAUCAGUCUGUGGAAGCUUAUGGUCUUCUGACUCAUAGAACACUAAAUGCAGCUAUACAGUACAUGGAUGUGUCAUCUGUAUAUGGUUGAAAAGCCAUAUUUGUAACACUCCUUCCUACACUCCAUAAAACAUUCACAAAGCCAAUAAAUGUCAUUGUAACACUUGGCUACAAAACACAACCAUACAAUAAACCCUUUAUUGAUUGGUAGUGCAUUGCACAUCCCUCUCACACUCAGCAUAAUUAAAACAUGUUAUUCUGUUAAAGAUAGAUAGAUAGAUAGAUAGAUAGAUAGAUAGAUAUUCUAUCCAUCUGCCAGUUUGUUGGAUUGGCUAUCCACCCAUCCAUCCAUCCAAAUAUCUAUAGAUAGAUUUUCUAUCUAUCUAUAGAUAUUUGGAUGGAUGGAUAGCCAGUCCAACAAACUGGCAGAUGGAUAGAUAGAUAGAUAGAUAGACAGAUAGAUAGAUAUAGAGAUAGAUAGAUCGAUUUUCUAUCUAUCUAUCUAUCUAUCUAUCUAUCUAUCUAUCUAUCUAUAGAUAUUUGGAUGGAUGGAUGGAUAGCCAGUCCAACAAACUGGCAGAUGGAUAAAUAGAUAGAUAGAGAGAUAGACAGAUAGAUAGAUGUCUCGAUCUGUUCUAGAUUGGUGGGAGUUACACUUUAGUAUGUACUAAACUGGUAGGAGUAACACUUCGGUAUGUUCUAGAUUGGUGGGAGUUACACUUCUAGGCAGCAGUGGCUAUUUGAAGCUUCCACUAUUAUUCACACCCUCUCCUGAUAAUGAUAUGUCAUGAUUAACUCUGUCUCUGUCUCCUCAUCUUCUCUCUGUACCUACAUUUAACUAAUGGGAGAGGACUAAAUUUCAAUUAUAACACCUGCAAAUAUCCGCUGCUGCCUGGGAGUGUAACCUCCACUAAUAUUGGGCACACAGGGACAUGCAUGUUCCAACGCUGCCUAGAAAUUAGAGAACCCUGCACUGUAAUGAUGAUGUGAGACACUAUGCAGUAUGUGGUCUGACUGUUGUAAUAUUGAGCAAAUCAUGUAGUAUAUAUGACAUUGUGUAUGCGUAUGUUGUGUGUGUAUAUAUAUUUGUAUAUAUAAAUUGUGUGUAUGUACAGAUUAUAUCACAAACUAGGCACAGUCCAGUCACAGCCAGGGCAGACACUGCCAAUGAGGAGGAGAAAUAUAAACGUGGUUUAAUUCCUCCUUAUCACUGUAUGUUCAUACAUAAAAACAUUUUACUUUGCAGGGUUAAAACGAGGGGAACAUGACACCCAGACCACUUCCUUGAGAUCAAGUGGUCUGGGUGUCUAUAGAGUCCUUUUCAAUGUAACCAAGGCAUCAGACAAGUUUUAAUUUAAAGGGACACUACAGUCACCAACACAACUUUAGCUUAAUGAAGCAGUAUUGGUGUAUAUAUCAUGCCCAUUCAGUCUCACUGUUCAAUCCACUGCCAUUUAGGAGUUAAAUCAGUUUUGUUUUUGUUCCCCUGGCUGUGACUGACACAGCUUGCAUGAAAACAACAUGGUUUCAUUUUUAAUCACAUGUAACUAACUUUAAAAGCUUGUAUCUCCUGCUCUGUAACUUGAACUUUAAUUACCUAGGCUCCUGCAGGGUCUAGCGAGCUAUUGGAAGAUAGGUGGUUAUAGGUCGCGCCAAAAACAUACAAAAUAAAGAAUAAAGAACCAAAUUUCUGAAGAGUGUAAAAUAGUGAUCAAAAUAACACCAUAAAAAUGUAGUAAAAAAUAGUGAGAAUAUAAUAUGUACUUACAUAUAUCAAUACAGUAAAAUACAAAUAAGUCCUAAGGUGAACAAAAUGGCCAGGUCCACUUGAAAGGCUGGAGGGUGGUAAUAGUCCAUACAAAUAGAGUUGAGGAGUAGUCGGUUAUUCUUGUUCCAGAUGGAAAUAUGCAAAUAAAACGAAAAGAAAAUCCAAUAGUGCAGACUGCAGCUUGAGCUUCUUUAAAAUUAAAGAGCCAAAACGAAAAGGUAUUGCACUCACCUAUUUAAGAGCUUGGACUAGCUCAGGUAUGAUUCGCACUCAGUGGUAUUAGUCCCCCACUGAUGGGAUGUUGGUAUUUAUAGGCGGAGAAGGUCCUCAGAAGAGAGAGAAGAAAUAACACAAAUAUAGUGCACAGUGAGUAUUAAUGUUAAACCCGCCGGAACCCGGAAAUCAUCUUUCUUUAUAUUGACACCAACACUUUGAAUCUCUUUAGCCGUGAGCUAUAUCACCAAUGCCCCUUCCUGACUACAGUCCCCACUUUCCCCCACGGCGAAGCACGUGACGCAAGCACGCCAUUGGUUGCGUCACGUCACGUGACCGCCCGAACACGGAAAUUAUCUCUUCUUUAUUUUAACACCAAUUUUCUGUAUAUAAAACAACUGUAUUGUAACAAAUUUGAGUGAAUUUUUUAUUUUUAAAUUAUGUAUAUCAUUGUAUGAAUAUUUUAUUUUGUUUUUAAAAAUUAUAUUAUAUCAACUAUUUGGUGCAUAAAUUAUGAUGUCAUUUUGGCACGAAUUUUGAAAUUGCUAAUGGACUUACUGCUUAUAUAAGACCAUUCUAUACCAGGUCUGUGUUCUUUGAAUUGCCAGUUGAUAAAGCCCUGUGUGGCGAAACGCAUUUUGGCUAUUUUAUAUAUGUAUUAAUAAAGGAAUAUUGGCUAUUAUUUUCUAUUUUGCCAUACACCCUUUAUUUUAUUUUAUUUCUAUUUACUUUUUUCAUUUCCGGACCUGGUUAUUUAGUAUACAAAACUACCUCUUUGCUCAAGAAUCCUAGGUGGGGAUUAUACCACCUACGCCAAAAGGAGCGAGCAGUACAUUCUGCUCACUCAAAUGUAAGUAUUCCAUACUUUUAUCUCUCUCCAUUUUAACAUUAAUACAGUGAGCACUAUAUUUGUGUUGUUUCUUCUCUCUCUUCUGAGGACCUUCUCCGCCUAUAAAUACCAACAUCCCAUCAGUGGGGGACUAAUACCACUGAGUGCGAAUCAUACCUGAGCUAGUCCAAGCUCUUAAAUAGGUGAGUGCAAUACCUUUUCGUUUUGGCUCUUUCAUUUUAAAGAAGCUCAAGCUGCAGUCUGCACUAUUGGAUUUUCUUUUCGUUCUAUUUGCAUAUUUCCAUCUGGAACAAGAAUAACCGACUACUCCUCAACUCUAUUUGUAUGGACUAUUACCACCCUCCAGCCUUUCAAGUGGACCUCGCCAUUUUGUUCACCUUAGGGCUUAUUUGUAUUUUACUGUAUUGAUAUAUGUAAGUACAUAUUAUAUUCUCACUAUUUUUUACUACAUUUUUAUGGUGUUAUUUUUAUCACUAUUUUACACUCUUCAGAAAUUUGGUUCUUUAUUCUUUAUUUUGUAUGUUUUUGGCGCGACCUAUAACCCCCUAUCUUCCAGAUUCUCUUUCUGAUGUUUUGUGAGGGAACGUCAUACCUUUAGGUUGCAGCCUAUAUAGAUUUUACUACUAUUCUAUUGAACACUAAGCGCUGAAUCCAUCAUUCUCCAUACAUCUAGUGAGCUAUUAACAGAGCUGGAGAUACGUGGUUCUAAAUUAAACAGAAUUUGCAAUAGAGGUGGUGUAAACAUUAGAUGACUCUUUACAGGAAGUUUUUAGGAAGGCUGUGUAAUUAACAUGCAGGGAGGUGUGCUUAGGGUUGGAUAAACAAAGCGAUUUAACUCCUAAAUGGCAGAGAAUUGAGCAGUGAGACUGCAGGAGCUUGGUCUAGAUAGUAAAACUGCUUCACUAAGCUAAUGAUGUUUUGGUGUCCCUUUAGUGUUUUUUUUUUUUACAUAGUUUUGUAGUGUGUACUCCAAUGUGAUAUUCACUAUCUAAGACCAUUUAUGCUACAUUAAACAAACUCUGGAAAGUUAAUUUUACCCACGGUAGCUGACUUGUAGAACUCCAGCUGUUGUUGCAACUAUCAAUGUUUGGCCAGAUCGUUGUAGUUCAAUAAAAGCUGGAAAGAGCUUUUGAUUGGCUACCCUUGCACCUAACCCUUUCUAAUCAUUCAACACUUGGACCCCAUGAGACAUUAACUUUUUGUUAUUGUUACCGGUGGCUGUUCCAGUAGAGAACACAAUUUCCAAAUAGUCAUGUCAAAACACCUAAAAGGUUCCAACUAACUUUUACAAUUGGCAAAUAAAGCAAGUGAUCGAGUUACACUUAUUAAGCAUAACUAAACUGGACUGCACCCAUUUUGCCAUGAAAAGCAUUGUACUCUUAUAUUGAUAUAUUUCAUGUUACAACGCCACUUUUGAAAUAUCUAGAGGAUUUUAUUGUCGGGCAGGGAAAAUAUGUGAAUAAAACUCUCACAAGCCUGUAUGAACUGUAUGAAUGUCUGCUAGCAGCCUAGCACAUCAAUAUAAAAUGUUUUCCUUUCUUGACUUUUGAAUCAAAAAAUAAUAAAUUGGACUUUAAUAAUAAUUUGACAUAUUAUAUGAUAAAAACAUCAUGUUUGAAAGUACAGACGAUGUGCUCUCAGCCUAGAGCUACCAAACCAAUGUUCUCUCCCCCAUAAAAAUAUACGUUAGUGGUUUUCUUAGGGUAUAUGCCAAAAUACAGUUGCAUUAUGACAGAUGAGAUCUGCAAACUUUCUAUGGCAAGUGACCCAAACACCUUUUUUUUUAAAAAUUUAAUUCUUUAUUUUUGUAGUCCAGGCAUGAAACGCAGAAACAUAGAAUGUGACGGCAGAUAAGAACCAUUCAGCCCAUCUAGUCUGCCCAGUUUUUUAAAAUACUUUCAUUAGUCCCUAGCCUUAUCUUAUAGUUAGGAUAGCUUAUGCCUAUCCCAUGCAUGCUUAAACUCCAUCACUGUGUUAACCUCUACCACUUCAGCUGGAAGGCUAUUCCAUGCAUCCACUACCCUCUCAGUAAAGUAAUACUUCCUGAUAUUAUUUUUAAACCGUUGCCCCUCUAAUUUAGGGUCAAAGGUUUAAAAAUAAUAUCAGAAUACAAGGUGGUAAAAUCACAUUAUUUUCAUUAACAUUGACAUCAGAAAUCAGCAGUGUGUCAUUAAUGCUGCACAUUUAAAAAAAUAAUUUAAAACAAUGUUGAACAGAAAAACAGCAUGGCAUAAAUCUUAAGACAGUAGACAUAUAAGUAAUCCUAGCUAAAACAUGCCAUGGCGAAGAAAGACCCCUGGGCCCCAGAAACAUUAUUCCUGACCCUAUAGGGUUAAAACCACCAUCCACCCCUGCCCCCCUCUUGCCUCCCUAAAAAUAGCAAAAUCUUACUUGUUUUCAAGUUUGGAGCUGCUAGCUCUGGCUCUGUUUCCUUUAGACCUGCCCACUGCCUGCUGACAUCAGCAGAAGUGGUAGCCUGAUCCAAUCACAAUGCUUCCCCAUAGGAUUGGCUGAGACUGACAAGGAGGCAGAUCAGGGGCAGAGCCAGCAUGAUUCAAACACAGCCCUGGUCUAUCAGCAUCUCCUCAUAGAGAUGAAUUGAAUCAAUGAAUCUCUAUGAGGAAAGUUCAGUGUCUGCAUGCAGAGGAAGGAGAUACUGAAUGUUUGGAUGCAUUUUAGGCAGCCGUGACCCAGGAAGGAUCUCUAACAGCCAUCUGAGGAGUGGCCAGUGAAGUUACAUCCCCCAUAAUGCUCCUACACCCAUAAUGCUGGCAAAGCAUCAUGGGAGGUGUAGUCCAAAACAUUGGGAGUGCCGAAGGUUGCCUAUGCCUGCGACUAGGCUGUAAUGUAAACACUGCAUUUUCUCUGAAAAGACAGUGUUUACAGCAAAAAGCCUGACGGUAAUGAUUCUACUCUCCAGCACAAAUUCAAUAAGCUGUAGUUGUUCUGGUGACUAUAGUGUCCGUUUAAUUCAUUCUUGGUAGUUAUAAUAUUGCAUUAAUUGAAUUGCAGUUUUCAAAUUAACCUUUGCAAAAUUUGGUUUACCAAGACUAUAACUUCAAUAAGUCAUAUAAUCCAAAAAUGCUAAACAAGUGCAUAUAUUUAAAAGCAUGGACUCCCUGGGAGCAGUUUGACACAUUUUAUUUAACCAUUUAACCAUCAUCAACCUCUGAGAAAUCUGUUGGUUAUAUUUCCUUUUUCUAACCGUAGCUAAUUCUAAACGAACUAACCAUAAGCAAAUAUAACCCAACUCUCCCUAGCCCUAAUGCUAACAAUCCCUAAUAAUGCACUGUUUAAUAGUUUAAUAGAUUCUCCUUCCCACCCCCCAGGCUCAGUGAUUGCUGUGAAAGGCAUUGACAGUGAAGGUUUGUCCUCACUGCGCUUGUCUCUUAGGCUGAUCAGACAGCCUAGAGGGCAAUCAUUAUUACUGGUCGGCAUCACUGCUAACAUGUGAUCUUGGCAUGCACUACUGCCGUCGAGUAUCAGCAGACAAUUACAUGUUGCGAUUGAGACAGUUGCAGUAGAUGCUAGCCAUGACUGCAUGCGAUGGGGAAGGCUAUCCUGGUAAUCUCAUGCCUGUAGAAACCUCCCACCUGCUGUUUUUUUACCCUAUCACUUCUGAGAUCAGUGAGACCAUCUUUUUCACAGCACUAUAUACUGUACGUGCCUUGUCAUUAAGGAGUUAAAUAUAAGGGUACUUCCUAAAAAUAAUCAGCUUUUAAACCACCUCACUUGUCUGAGGCCUUUCAUUACUAUUUUCAUUGCAUACAUGGUACAACUGUAAUUGUAAGUUAAUAAUUGUUUAUCUUCUGUCUGUAUUUGCACAGAUAAGGGACUGAAAGGGUUUGUGACAUUAUGAAACUGGAAGUCUUGCUAUCUGUACUAGAUAGAAACAUACUUUAUGAAUGUCUGUCCUGCAUCCUAUUUUGUUGUUUUCUUUAUUUCACAAGAGCAGUAGACCAAGACUAGUCUCUGUUUGGUCAUUCGUUAUAUUUAUUAGCUUAACUCUUCCCUGAUGUUAGUGCAUACUUUGCCAUCCCACAAAAGGAGGGCUUUAACGCUGUUAGGACGGCAUAGCACGCCCUAACGAUCUGGCCCUCCCCACAGCACAAAUACUCACCCUCCUCGGCGGGUUCAAUCGGAGCCACAUCCACCCAGCCGAGUCAUGUGAUUGCGAUGAUACCUGAAUCACACCACUCGGAUUGGCAUGAUUGACAGAUUGGCUGCAGGGGAACUGCCUGGGUUGUCAGGCAGGUCUACCAACAUUAAAUCAAUAAAAUAAAACAUAAAUAUACACUUAGAAUUAAAUAAUAUAUUUUAAUAUCAAAAAACACUGAGAAUGAAAUUCUAAUUGAGAAAAUCCGGUCAAGACUGAAAUGUUGACUUAUAUUUUUGUAUAUACUGCACAAAUAAAGCAGCAGUGAUUGAAACUAAUACAGUCCAGUGAGUGCACUCUUUCAUGGAAGAUUAUAUAUGUAUAUAUAUACAUGUAAUAAUGUUACAUAAAUAUGUGAUUUUUAUAAUGUGAUUUUUACAUAAUUAUGUGAAUCAUAUAUUGGGGGACCUGCCUGACAACCCAGGUAGAAAGUCCAGAGAAUUUAAUUUGGAUCAAUUUAUUUGACCAUGUAACUUUCCAAAACCCCACAAAACCUGUACAUUUGGGGAACAGGCACUAACACGGGCCAGGGUGGCUUCUAAAAAAGACUGGACAUACCCUGUUUUAAAUACCCAGGGUUGCCUAGUUUUGCAAAUGGUAUGCCGUGAUGGGGUUAAUUUUCAUUCCUAUACUGCCAUAUGGUCUCAAAGGCAACAUAGCCCCAUCAAGUACAUCACUGUACACAAAUAUGUGUAUUUUAUUGCAGUACAAAAUAACAGUAAUAUGGCAUUCACAGUUAAAAUCCCAUGGCGAACUUGGAAAAAAGCGUUUCUUAAUUUCGCACACUUUUUUAGAUUUAACCCCUUAAGGACUGACCCAAAUGUACAUGUUGUGAUCAAAACAAAACGUAAACAAAAACUUGAAUUUGCGCUAUAUGUCUCUUCAGGCAUAAUUUGCCUCUUUUAUAUUAUGUGCACCCACACUUAUUAUAUAAAAUUGAAUUAAGGAGAAACAGGGCUUUCAUUUAACAUCAAAUAUUUAGGUAUGAAACAUAAUUUAAUAUGAAUAAAAUAUAAAAAAAUGGGAGAAAAUAAGAAUUUUAACAUUUAUUUUAGUUCUACGUGACAUUUUAACUGUGAAUGUCAUAAUAAUGUUUGCUUUUACUGUAAUAACAUACACAUAUUUGUAUUUAGCGAUGUCUCACGUGUAAAACAGUACCCCCGGUGUACAGGUUUUAUGGUGUUUUGGGAAGUUACAGGGUCAAAUAUAGCAUGUUACAUUUUUCAUUUUUUUCCCAUUGAAAUUCGCCAGAUGGGUUACAUUACGUUUGAGACCAUAUGGUAGCCCAGGAAUGAGAAUUACCCCCAUGAUAGCAUACCAUUUGCAAAAGUAGACAACCCAAGGUAUUGCAAAUUUAGUAUCCUCUUUGGUCACAAACACUGGCCAAAUUUAGUGUUAAUAUUUGUUUGUUAAUAUUUUGGCCAGUGUUUGUGGCUACUAAAAAAGACUGGACAUACCCCAUUUGCAAUACCUUGGGUUGUCUACUAUUGCAAAUGGUAUGCCAUCAUGGGGGUCAUUUUCAUUCCUGGGCUACCAUACGGUCUCAAAGGCAACAUAAGCAACCUGGCAAAUUUCAAUGUGAAAAAACUGAAACGCCAGCCUUUUAUUUGACUCUGUAACUUUUGAAAACACCAUAAAACUUGUACAUGAGGGUGCUGUUAUACUUGGGAGACUUCACUGAACACAAAUAUUAGUGUUUCAAAACAGUAAAACGUAUCACAACAAUUAUAUUGUCCGUGUAAGUGCCAUUUGUGUGUGAAAAAUGCAAAAAACUUCACUUUCACUGACGAUAUCAUCGUUAUAAUACAAUUUACUGUUUUGAAACACUAAUAUUUGUGUUCAGCGAAGUCUUCCGAGUAAAACAGUAUACCCCAUGAACAGGAUUUAUGGUGUCUUGGAAAGUUACAGGGUUAAAUAUAGUUCUAGCCAAUUAAAGUCCCUGGACUUUCGGCCUGGGUUGUCAGGCAGGUCACGCAAAUUGUAAUUAAUAAAAGGACCUAAUUAUGUAAAAUUAUUACAUAAAUAUAAACAUAUAAUUAUUAUAUAUAUACACACACGUGUGUGUGUGUGUGUGUCUGUGUAUAUAUAUAUAUAUAUGUAUAUAGUUUUUUAAAAUUAUUUUUAUUUAUAUAUAGGUAUAUAUAUAUAGUGAUAUAUACAUAUAUACUUAUGUAUAUAGAUAUAUAUAUUAUUUCGUUCUAGAUGUAUUUUGAUAUCAAUAUAUAUAUAUAUAUAUAUAUAUAUUAAUGUUAAAAUACAGUUAGAACGAAUUUACACAUGUGUAUAUUUCUUAUAAAUUUAUUUUUUAUUACUUAUUUUAUUUUUUAACGUAUUUACAUAUUUAUUUUAUAUUAUAUAUAAAUAUAUAUAUAAUCAUAAUUAUAUAUAUAUAUUUAAUCAAUAUCAUUCUAUGUGUAUUUUGAUAUUAUAUAUAUAACUAUAUAUAUAUAUAUUAUUAAAAUACACUUAGACAGUGUAUGUGAAUGUAUGUAUAUGUGUAUAUAUAUAUACAUAUAUAUACUUAGAUCAUAUAUAUAAUAAAUAUAUAUAUGAUCUAAUUAUAUAUUUUAUUUUAAACUGUAACUUUAACAUUUAUUUUACUAUUUACAGGCAGCAGGGGGAGUACCUGUCAUUAUAGGCACUCCCCCUGCUGACAAUGCAAUGGACGGCUAUGCUCCUCGCGAUCACAUGGCCCAUGGGGGCCGGAAAGGAAAGAGGGGGACUCCCUGGGCUGCCAGGUGAGUCCCCACACCGCGAUCGCUGGCGUGGGAUCGCCGGCGACCGGGUAAGUACAUAGGACGGCUUAGAACACCCACCAUCCUUAAGGGGUUAAUUCAUAUUAAUUUAUGCUCCGUUUAUAAAUAUUUGAUGUGAAAUAAAUUAUAUAUAUAAUAAGUGUGGGUGCACUUAAUAUGAAAUAAGUAAAUUAUGGUUGAACAGACAAGUAGUUUAAAUUCUAGGUUUUGUUUUGGUCAGAAGUUGUACAAUUGUGUCUGUCCUUAAGGGGUUAAAGGGCAGCUUGUGUAUUUGCAUCUUAAUCACAACAAGCAUCUCAUUCACUGGAAAAAGAAAUUUCUUUUGAAUAAUACACAAACCUGCAGUGUCACUUUAAUAGUUUAAUUGCCAUGUAAUAAACAGUAUUAUUAGUGAGAGACAAUGCCUUUCUAGCAAACAGUCUGCAAUUAAUACCAUUUUAUGAUUUAUUUUAUCUUUUUACAGUCACAACAGCAGCAAUCAUGUACUAUAGCUUUGGAUUUGAAAGGGAAUGUACAAACAUAGAAGUGAGUGACAAAAUGUAUUUUGGAGAGGCAGAAGCUAGACACGUUGGUAGAACAGUGUGUAUCCAGUGGAAGGAUCUCAUUGGUGAAUUUUGUUUCCAUUUAAUGUUUAUUGUUGUCAACAAGGAACAUAAUGUUCAUAGAGACAAUUAGCAUUAAUUAAGAAGUGGAUUUCCUGUUUGCUAAUUGAAAGGGACAGUAAGCCAUGUAUUAAAUUGCAGUAUUGAUACAUUUAGAAUUCAAAGUUAGAUAGUAUGUUUUCUAAUAGAGACAUUUAAAGCAGCUUGUUACCUGCUGAUUUGCUGUCAGGCAACUUUUGCAGUGGAUAAUUUUUUAAGAAAUCCUUACUAUUUAGAAAUAUAAUCAUUAAAGGAACACUAUAGCAUUAGGAAUACAAAUAUGUAUUUCUAACGCUAUAGAGCCCUAGUUACCGUUUAGGUGAUUAGGGCCCCGUUCCGCAGCGAAUAAAUGGUUAAUUAACCAUUUAUUUGCUUACCUUAAAGGAACACUAUAGAGUCAGGAAAACAAACAUGUAUUCCUGAUCCUAUAGUGUUAAACCCACAAUUUAGGUGGCUUUGCCCCCCCCACCCCCUAUAUCCCUUAGAAAAGAUGAAAACUCACCUUACUUCCAGUGCUGCACGGGUCCGCCAACGCUGGCCCCACCCCAGAUCCACCUCCUUGGUGACAUCCUCAGAACUGAUGAUUUUUAGCCAAUCCAAUACUUUCCCAUAGGGAGAGCAUUGGACUGGCUGAAAUCGGCAAGGGGGCGGGAUGGGGCAGGAUGGGGCAGGGCCAAGCGACAUUUUAGCCAAUCAGCAUCUCAUCAUAGAGAUGAAUUGAAUCAAUGCAUCUCUAUGAGGGAAAUUCAGCGUCCCCAUGCAGAGCGUGGAGACGCUGAACGGCAGUGCUGCUUACUGUGCAGCACUGCCCCAGGAAGCACCUCCAGUGGCCAUCUGAGUAGUGGCCUUUUGGAGAUGUCCCUAGGGGGCAAUGUAAACACUGCCUUUUAUCUGAAAUGGCAGUGUUUGCAUUAAAAUGUCUGAAGGCAAUGAUUAUACUCACCAGAACAUCUACAUUAAGCUGUAGUUGUUCUGGUGACUAUAGUGUCCCUUUAAUCCAGCGCCGGGCUCCCUCUGCACUGGUGACCACUCCUCCUCCAUCGACGUCAGCUCCCCAGUGGAGCCGAAUGCUCAUGCGCAGCAAAAAACCCGCCCAUAGGAAAGCAUUACUCAAUGCUUUCCUAUGGGGAUCUUUUUGACGCUGGACUCUGUGAGGACGUCCAAUGUCAAAUAGGUGUGAUUUACUCUGUGUAAAUCGCGGAAGCGCCUCUAGUGGCUGUCAGUGAGACAGCCACUAGAGGCUGGAUUAACCCUGCAGUGUAAACAUAGAAGUUUCUCUGAAUCUGCUAUGUUUUCAGCUGCAGGAUUAAAACUAGGGGGACCUGGCACCCAGACCACUUCAUAGAGCUGAAGUGGUCUGGGUGCCAAUAGUGGUCCUUUAAUAUUUUUUUUACACAUGAUUAUUAAUUAAAACAUGAAUUGUUGCAAUUUUAAACAGGAUUAUUCACUAAACUCCAAAUUAUACAGAAAAUAUUUCCAACAUGAAUGCUAAAAUUUCAAAAUCACUUGACUAUAGUAAAGAUGGAACUUCACUCCCAAAACAACAAUUUUUGCCUUAAUAUUUCUAUCUGGAUUAGAAUUUGUAAAACUUUAUUGCAGGUGUGCCCAAAAGGUAGAUCCCCAGUUGUUUUAAAACUACAACUCCCAUGAUGCCUUGUCAAAUUCAUGCAAAGGCAUGCAAAGCAUCAUGUGAGUUGUAGUUUUACAACAUGUGGGGAUCUACCUUUAGGGCAACCCUGCUUUAUAGUUUUCUAAAUAACCAUGACAGUAUUUUUUUUUUUUUUGUCCGAAGUGGAAAAAUGUUCUAGUCAACUAUGUUUUCAGUUCGGCUGUUUGUCCAAAAUAGGAAAUUCACUGUGAAUUCCCAAUACUGAUUCACACUGGUGAAUAAGUCUUUUAAGUAUGACCUGGGACGGUUAGCACAGCAUUCUUAUGACAAGGUUAAGUAUUUAGCAUAUCGAGUUAGAUGCCUAUUAGCAGUUUUUAUUGAUUUACUUAGAUUGGAGAAGGGAGGAUCAUUUAAAAAGGAUUUAUUUUCAGUAAAUAUAGACUUGUGGGAGGUUUGAUAUCUUCUGGCAAACUAUUCCAGAAUUGUGCACAAUCAUUUUUUUUAACACAGAUGGUGUGUAAGAUGUUGGAAGUGACACAUCUCAGGUGCUGUUGGUGCAGACUUUUAAGGCUCUUUUUCUGAAAAAAAAAGACUAGUCACAGGAUGGCUAUUUUAGCCUGCUUUGUUUGCUUACACCAGAUGCAAAAGUUGCACAAAACUGAUAUUGCUAAUCAGGAAAAGAUUAUCCCAGCUGGCUGAUUAGGAAGGUGGCACUGCACACUGCACACAAAAAAAUGUAUGCAUAUCUCUGGAAUGAGACAUUUCUUUAAUAUAAAAGGCUGUAGGGUGCUGAGAGUGAUCCUUUAAAUGUAUCUGCCUAUAAAAUCUUGUUGCACUUGUGAAAGAUGAUUUGUGUAGGAUCUUACAGUAUAGUGGGAUUAUCUUUACAACCACACGAAUAUACAAUGCUCCUGAAAGCCUCAUUUACCACGAAUUGAAGCCGGAAGGCCCCAAUGCUGAGGAGGGAGAAUUUCAGGUGAAUAGUUUAUCCCUCCUUCCUCAGAUGGUGCUAGAUGAGGUCUACCCCUUCUCUCUCACUAUUGUAGGGUCUCUAAAAAGAUCCCUCCUGGUGCCAUAGAUAUGCAACCCCACAAGUGACAGGCCAGAUUCAAGAUCAAGCCUGAGAUAUAAAAUGAUAGAGUCUUCUAUUUGGAAAACCAAAUGUCCAGGUUUUGCGGUGCCGGUUAGGCACGGCCACAUCACUGUGUCCGAUCGGCGAGGUUACGCUAGGAGAAGCCUAGCAGCUGAUUUCUUUCCUGUCUGCUCUCUUCACACCUCCCGACCAGUAUGGCGUUUGGAAGACCGCUGGCCGCUACAUUGUGCCCCAUUUAAAGAAACCCACCCCUGAGCAGGACGCUAGUGACACAAAAGUCAUGGCAUCAGAAGGUCAAUUUUGACGAAUCCUUGCCCUCCUAUGGCUAUUUAAACUCAAAGUUUAAUUUGGAUUGUGCCCUCUCAUGGUUUCCAAUUCUUUGGUUAAUCCAAGAGCAUGUUUCUUCUUUGAUUAUCUCUGGCUUAUAUGACCUUGGCUUAACCUGGACUAUUCUACAUGUUAUUGUCCUUGGCCUUUGGCUAUUCUCUUGUUUAUUCGGCUUUCUGUUAUCCUGAUCUCAGCUAGUCUUGUACUAUUUUGUUUAGCGUUCAUUGUGGCCACUCUAAGGUUUUUUUCUGUUUAGUUUUGUUUGUUUUACUUAAUGUACGCAUUUUUGGUCGUAGAUAUCCAUGACACCAGUCAAAGAGGAGAUUGUUAUUGUCAGUCUUCAGGUACUUUUGGAACCUAGCAACACCCCUGCAUAUAGUAUGUGCCAAGACACCACUAUAACUUCUCUCCCCUCUAGAAGCUGUUCAGGACCCUGGACAUACUGAUCGCCAUAUCAAUGAAGUAGUUACAUCAACUAUUUUUCCUCAGUAUAAAGCAUAUGUACUGACUAAAGCUCUUGUUGAAAAACGUGUUUUUCAGCCAAGUAAGGACCAAUACACGAACAGUGGUAGAAUAUUACUGGGAUUCAUUGUAAUAUUUCCAUUUAUUACAAGUUAUAGGUAGAGAAGAGAUGCCACCUAAUCUGCCUACAUAUAGAAGAUUUAUUAUAUAUCGUGAACUUUUUAAAUCUUUUUACCAUUUUAAAUACAAAAUAUUUUAAAUAGUGUUUUGUUGGACAAUCUUGCUAUUUGUAUAUUUUUUAUUCACAGAAUAAACUCUGCUCGUACAUGCUCAGAUGGUUGUGGGAGAUAGAUUUUCAGAUAAACUAUAAUUGCGCCAAUAAGUGAAUAAGAAAUCAAAUCUUAACAUAGAAUGAUGAAGUGACCAGGAAUAUAUAUGUGUAUUGCAGCUGCUCUAGAUUUUAAAUGAUCACUUUAUCACUCCAUGUAUGUGUGUUUUUUUCAUUAUCAUUGCAUGUUGGCACUUUUAUCAGAAACAUGUUUCCAAUUUCAUACUCUCAUAGCAAUACUGGCUAAAAAAGGACAGACACUGCAGAAAGGCCCUACAAGAAUGAAAGUCAAAAUACUCAGGAAAUCUCAGAGAUGCUUCUCUGGCUGAACAUGCCUGCCCUCCGGCUUCUGGUUUAUCAUUUUACUCAGUGGCCCAAAAUGUAAAAUCGCUGGGUGACAAUUAAUGCCAUGUCUACCAGCAUUUCAGCCAGACACAGGGCCCACCUCCAUUAUUAACUGGAAUCAUACUUUUUAUUUUUGUUGUUGCUAACGUUACCACCGUUAACUGUUAGGCACAUAUGGGUUGGCAAUUGGGGAGAAUGCCCCUUUCUAUGGCAUGUUAAUAUUUGUGAUUCCAAACCUCAGGGAGUCGUUAGAUAUAAAGUAGUAUUUCCUUUUUUUCUUUAAUAUGCUCCAGCUAUGAGCUUUAGAUCUUAUUUUGAGUUCUAGUGUGCCUUGAUAUUAUUAAGCAGUGGAUAUCAAAUGUGUUUGUCUUACUGUACAAAAUGGCACCUGUCAUGGUACCUACAACUUAUGUACUUUUGAGAGAGCAUAACAUUUUAUGUAUAUGUUGUGUUAGCAGAUUUGCUAGCAAAUGUAUAGAUCAUAAGAAAAGUCUAUUUGAAAAGAGGUCUUCUCCCACCUAGGAGUCCAUUUUUCAGUAUAGACUCUAUGCUGAAGAAUGGGCUGAUUAGAGAAAGAAAAAAGAGACUUCCAACAGUAGGUUCACACAUAACACCCUCAGAGCAUGCACUUUGAUUGCUAUGGUAACUCCCUAGCUUACGCUGCUAACGCUGACUAGGGAGUAUAGGAAUGUAAUCGCUGAUAUCAAAGCUAAUGUGUCGGUGUCACAGAGGAGCUUUUCCCUGCUUGAGAAAAUGUCUUGAGGGACAAUCAAAGAAGACUUCAGGAGGGGCUAAAGUGAACCAAAGGUGGAUGUUACAGAAAAGUAACACCCACAAAGUUGAGUACGUGGUGGCGCUGGAUCGGAGGUGAGUUUAUCUCACAAUUUCGCAUUGAAUACAUCAUGUAUCUCUGUGAUAUGUAAUGUGUUCAGUGCAUUUGUGGCGAAUUUAUUUUAAAGUGAAUCUGUCUUGACAGGUUCACUUGAAGGCCAGUCCACUCCUGAUGUUAUGUUGACAGUUGAUCUCAUUGAUUUAAAUGAGCAGUUCCAAUUUGUUUUAAUUCUCAUCAAAACAAGAUUAACCAAAAGGACACCGUAAGUGGCUCACUAGGGCUCAGGGUUUAAUUGGGGGUACCCGGAAUCAUGAAUAUUCUUGGCACCAUUCACCAUCACUAUGUGAAGGGCUAAGAUGGGGGCCCAAACUGGGAACCUCCACAGUUCCCUGUGGAACCUUAAUCGUUUUCUGGUCCUCAUUAUUUUUAAAUGAUGAAGAAGCCUUAAGAUGUUCACUUUUGUUUUGAACACUUUUGUUUUGUUUUUCACGGUAUAAACACAAAUAUCAAACUUGUUUGUGGUAGAGCAAGUGGUCGCCCACGCAGGGGUGUAAACAUUGGUACAUAUAGAUGUAUGCAUUUUGUCGCCUGCGCAGAGGCGAAUUUGUCAAAGCAUGCGUAACAUAACAGGUAGGUUCAUAUUUGGGUGCCUGUAUUUUGCAACUGUAGGGUCUGUAGUGCACAUUUAUUGAGGUUAGACUUAUGGGUAUGGUUGUAAGGGCUCCUGCCUUUUGUGUUAAAUGGUUUUUAUGUAGUAGGCGUGGUUUAGGUGCUCAUAUAACACAUUCAAUCAGUUUUGCAAGGGCAUUAGCAUGUGGCCUACGCAGAGGCCUUGUAGGGCCUUACUUCGCCUCUUCUUGGAGUUGUGUGUAUUACCCGUGCAAUACCCAUGUAGUUUUCGGUGGUGGUCUAUUUUUGCACAUUAAAGGGAACAAAUCUUAUGCGACUGUGUAUGGUUUGGUGUGUAGCGUGCGAGUGGUCUAUUGUAUUGAAAUCUCGCUUAGGGGAGGCCAGUGCGUGUAGUUGGGUCGUCUUGGGUGCUGCUAUCGUGUAGGGUAAUUCUUCAGCGGGAUUCACUACCGUGUAUUGGUUAACUCGGAGCGCCACUCCAUGUCUCAUUGAUCCUUGUUCCCUCCCGGUUUAUUGUGGUUGUGUGGGUUACUCUAUCUGGGUCAUGCUUUUGGGUAAUGGUUGGGUUGUGUGUGGUGUCGUGGGUGUCUGUGGGUCUUGAUUGUACAUGUCAUGAUAGGGGUGGUGUGUUUGGUGUCGUUUGGCGGUGUGUGGUCCCCUGGCUCAAUGCCCGGGCUCCGUUGGUGUGCAAUUGAGUUGGCAUGUUGUUCUGUCCCGUUCGCUUUUGGUAUCCGUGAUUCUUGAUCUGUAUGGUGUUCCGUGUGGGGUGAGCUCAUGUUUGUGUCUGUAUGCGGCUUUGGUGAUCCACGGCAGGGUCCUUAAAUCACAGUUGGUGAUAUCUGAUUCCAGCUGGGUCCAUAGUUUCGUGCUGCCUUCUACUGUCCAGCUUAUGACCCUGGUAAGGUGUGCCGCGUGGUAGUACUUCUCAAAGUCCGGGAGCGCUAGGCUUUCCCGGAGUUUAGGCAGCGUGAGUUGGGAGUGUGCUAUGCGUGAGGACCUGCCUUGCAAUACAAAUUUUCGGACCUCCGUCUUUAGGGUGGAGAAGAAUGAGUCUGGGGCCAGGAUCGGUACCGUCUGGAAUAUGAAGAGGAAUUUAGACAGCAGUGUCAUUUUGACCGCAUUCACCCUGCCCAGCCAGGAGAUGUAUUAUGAACUCCACAUGCGUAGUUCUUCUAUUGCCUUUUUCAAUGUAGGGAGGUAGUUGUGGGUGUAAAGGUCUGCCGGGUUCGGUGUUAGCCUACCCCCAGGUAUCUCAUGCGUUGGUCACACCAGCGGUAUGGGUGUUGGUGCUGUAGCGUCUGUCUGAGCAUUGUGUCUAUGGUAAGGCCCAGUAUUUCCGAUUUUGAGUAGUUGAUUUGGAGGUUUGAUACACGGCCGUAGGACUCGAAUUCUGAUUGGAUAGCCCGCAGGGAGGGGUCAGGGGCUGUGACUAUAAAUAGGAGGCUAUCUGCGCAGGCCAAUGUUUUGUGGUGGGUCUUUUCGAUUUUUAUCCCCUGUAUGUCGUUAAGUCUGAUUUUGUUAAGGAAGGCCUCCAGGGUCAGUGUGAAGAGCAGGGGGGAUAAUGGGCAGCCCUGUCUGGUUCCAUUGUGAAUCUGGAACGGGUCUGUCAGUGCGAGGUAUUCUGGUCCAGGCGAAGUGCUCCAAACAUCAUAUCCCAGUCCACCCUGUUGAACGUCUGUGGACAGGAGAAGGACCGGGGUCUUUAUUGAUCUGGCUUGGGCUAUGAUGUUCAGGGCCCUGAUGGUGUUAUCCCGUACCUGUCUUCCUGGGAUGAAUUCCGUUUGGUCCGGGUGCACUAUCUUGGGUAGCAGUGGUGCUAGUCGCGCCGCCAUGACACUGGCCAGGAGUUUGAGAUCUGUGUUAAGCACAGAGAUUGGGCGGUAGCUUGAGCAUUGUGUUGGGUCCUUUCCUUCCUUGGGGAGAAGGGUAUUAUUUGCCGAUGUGAACUGAGCUUCCAGGAUUGAAUUGAGGGCUGCUUGCAGUUUCGGGAGGAGGACUUGGGGGAAGAUCUUGUAGUACGAGAGGGGGAAGCCAUCCGGGCCUUCCUGUCCUUGCUCUGUUGAUGGCGUGCAUCAGUUCCUCGGUAGAAUUGGGCGCCUCCAGGCCUUCCCGGUCCAUAUCUUCCAGGCCGGUCAUGUUCGUGGACUCUAGAUAUCUCUGAAUCUCUUCGAGUCUGUUGGGGCGCGGCUCCCCUGGUGCGUCCUGGUGCAGAUGGUACAGUCCCUGGUAGUAAGUAAGGAACGCGGACGAGAUUUGGUCUGGGAGGUGCAGGUGUUGCUGUUGUGAGCCCUUGAUUUUCGGGAUAUAUAGUUGGGACUUGCGUUGUUUUAGGAGGUUCACCAGUAGUCUCCCGCAUUUGUUCCUGUGUUCGUGUAUUACAUGCUUGAAUUGUUGGUAUGAGCGGUGUAUCGAGCAGUUCAGGAGUGUAGUGAGUUGAUUCCGUUUGAUGACCAGGUCUCUGUAAGUCGUCGCUUCCAAGGUGCGUUUGUGUUUGGUUUCCAGGGUUGCGAUCUCCCUGCUGAGGUCCAUUGUUGCCUGUAUUGCUUCCCUCUUACGGGUGGAGCAUAUUGUGAUAAGUUGCCCCUGGAUCACCGCCUUGCGGGCCUCCCAGCACAUCAAGGGUGACGUGUCCCCUAGCUCAUUGUCUAUGAAGUAUUCCUGGAUAGACCGUCUGGUCUUGUCCACUAGCAGUGCGUCCGAGAGGAUCGACUCACUCAGUCUCCAGGAAGUUUGCCUGGGACUGAAUAGGGGUGACUUUAUUCAUAUACGGAUCGGACAGUGGUCUGAUCAGGUUAUAGGCAGGAUUUCUGAGUCCUUCAGCAGGGUGAGGCUGCGGUGGGACAUGAAGAAGUAGUCCAGUCUAGUGUAUGAGGAGUGUGUCGUGGAGUAGAAGGUGUAGUCGCAAGCCGAUGGGUGUAGCGCUCGCCAGCAAUCUGCUAGUUGGUGAUAGUGGAGGAGGCAUAGCGUGUUGGCAUUUCUGUUAUUGGGUGUGUUUCCUUGUCUGGCUGUCGUGUUUUGCUCGGGGUGCAGUGCCAGGUUCAGGUCUCCCCCAACGAUCGGGGUGCUUUCUGCAAAUUUCAUCAGUGUGUUGAGCACAGUGCAGAGAAAGCGGUGUUGUUUUGAGUUCGGGGCAUAGAUUUUGGUGAAGGUGUAGGUCUGGUCUAGGAUGGUGCCUUUUAUGAAGACAUAUCUGCCUUGUUUGCAUCUCAUGGUGGUGUGUUCUAUGUAUGGGAUCCAUCUUGCGAAUAGUAUGCCUACCCCUAGCGUGCAGAUGUUCACUUUUGUAAAUAGUCACUUUUCUACAAUUCUACACAUAAACUACACAUAAAUCUCAUUCACUUAAAUAAGAAUUCAUGUUAUAUAUACACUAGCUUAUGGAAAAUGAGACCUGAGGAGACUUGGGAGUAUGUCUAAGGUGCAAGUUUUCUUUUGCAGGCAAUGAGUACCUUCUAUUUUUCCCUGAAUUGUCCUUCAAGAAUAUAAAUUGUAUUAAAACUAUAGUCCCAGUGAUCUAGAACUUCUGGAAGAAAUGAGUAAAGGAAAAAUAAGAAAUAAUACGUAAUCUUAGGUAAAAAAAAAUAUUUUACAUAUUUGUACAAUUUAUUUUUGUCUUAAAACUCAAAAUGUUUUACGUUAUCAACAUAGAGAGUGAGAAAUGCAGUUCUUUUUGGGUAGUUCUUUACAUUUUUUUUUUUAGUAAUUUUCCUGUUGCCAAAUGGUACUGUGCAAAGUAUGGUGGAAGAAACAUUAAACAGCUUUAACAUCAGAAAUAUUUGACACAAUCUGGAAAAUUGCUUGAACUUGACUUGCCAAAAAAAAAAUCCUCGAAAGCUUACAGUUCCAAAAAUUCUGGAUUUUUUCCAACGAGGUUUUAACAAAAGCUUAAACCAAACAUAUUCAAAGUUGGAAUUGCAGCUUUAAGAUAUUUUCCAGGAAUAUAGACUGCAGAUCAAUUCUUGAUAAAUCGUUUUUUAAAGCCAUUUAAAACAUAAGAUUUGUUAUUGGAGAUAGGGGGUGAAUUUACUGUGGACAAUUAAAACUAACACCAAGGCCCAGUCACUGUAUUCUAUAAAGGAUUUACUGACUCUGUGCUCAGACUAAUCUCUGUGUAAAAUCAGGCUAACUGCAUGCUAGGAGUAAACUGAAAGAACAUAUUAAUACUUUGGGAGGUAAUAUAAGUAACAGCGCUUGGUGUUUGCCAUUAGCUCUAUGUUUCAUUAAACCAUUUCUUUACACAUUUGGGAUUUAGACAACAGUGUACUAAAUCAACACUGUACCCCAAAGUAUGGACUGUCCAACCGAAAGGCAGUGAUAAAAGGCAGUGUUUAUAUUGUUGCCCAGCAACACCUCUAUUAGCAGUCACCCAGAUGGCCACUAGAUGUGCUUCCUAUCUCAGUGCCGCACUCCAUGUUCAGUGUCUCAAUGCUCUUGAUGGAGACACUGAAUGUUCCCCAUAGAGUUACACUGAUUCUAUGUAUCUCUAUAAGGUGAUGCUGAUUGGCACAGCAUUGGGUUUUGCAGCACAUGCACAAUAGUGUACAAAUGCUUUCCUAUGGAAAAGCAUUGGAUUGGCUGAUAUAAUCAAGACUGAUGAUUAGCGCUAUGCAAGUGGAGUCAAUCAAAGCAUUGGAUUUGCUAAAAUCGGCACUGGGCGGGGCUAAAUUAUGUUUUGGCCAAUCAGGAUCUCCUCAUAGAGAUGCAUUUAAUCAAUGCAUCUCUAUGAGGAAAGUUCAGCGUCUCCAUGCAGAGCGUGGGGACGCUGAUCGUCAGGGCUGCUUUUUCGUCAGCACUGACCCAGGAAGCACCUCCAGUGGCCAUCUAAGGAGUGGCCACUUGGAGGUGUCCCUAGAGGCAAUGUAAACACUGCCUUUUUUCUGAAAAGGCAGUGUUUGCAUGAAAAAAGCCUGAAGGGAACUAUUAUACUCACCAGACCAACUACAUUAAAGGAACACUAUAGUUACCUAAAUUACUUUAGCUAAAUAAAGCAGUUUUAGUGUAUAGAUCAUUCCCCUGCAAUUUCACUGCUCAAUUCACUGUCAUUUAGGAGUUAAAUCACUUUGUUUCUGUUUAUGCAGCCCUAGCCACACCUCCCCUGGCUAUGAUUGACAGAGCCUGCAUGAAAAAAAAACUGGUUUCACUUUCAAACAGAUGUAAUUUACCUUAAAUAAUUGUAUCUCAAUCUCUAAAUUGAACUUUAACCACAUACAGGAGGCUCUUGCAGGGUCUAGCAAGCUAUUAACAUAGCAGGGGAUAAGAAAAUCUUAAUUAAACAGAACUUGCAAUAAAGAAAGCCUAAAUAGGGCUCUCUUUACAGGAAGUGUUUAUGGAAGGCUGUGCAAGUCACAUGCAGGGAGGUGUGACUAGGGUUCAUAAACAAAGGGAUUUAACUCCUAAAUGGCAGAGGAUUGAGCAGUGAGGCUGCAGGGGCAUGUUCUAUACAUCAAAACUGCUUCAUUAAGCUAAAGUUGUUCAGGUGACUAUAGUGUCCCUUUAAGCUGUCAUUGUUCUGGUGACUAUAGUGUCCCUUUAAAUCCAUCAGAUGAGAGAAAGAGAAAGUGUGUGUCACAAUGAAAUAUAUAGUUGCUAACUUAAGCAGAAAUUCAUAAUGAAACUCCUUAGUAAAUAUAUAUUUUGCUUUGUGUCACAAGUGGUUCUAUUCGAAGACAGGAGAACUGUUACAAAUUUAAAGCUAAAGUGCAAAUAUUGGUCAGAAAAGUACCAUGAUUCAUUGGUUUCUUUGUAUACACAUUUUAUUUGUGUAUAUAAAAUUGUAGAUUUGUCCAAAAUAUAACCAUAUUUAUCAAGGCCACACUGGACCAAUUUUGGUGCAAAAUGCUUAAUGUUGAGAAUUUCAAUUAUCACCAGUACUGUGCCUCUAGAUGUUCCAGCAUUCCUAACUUAAAAAUGUUCCAAAUACAUUCUAUAAACAGUCAAAAUGCUGUUAUAUUUGCAUGAAUAUCUUGGUAGUUCUGGCAACAUAGUCAAAUGUACAUAUGGAUAUUGCACUUGUAAAGUUAAGUUUAUCAGUACUGUAUGUAUAAUCCAUAGGCUCGCAGAAGAAAAUCAAUUAACUAAUCACAGAUGAAAAAAAUUUCAGUAGUGAUUAAUGUAUUGAUUUCUUUAAAUGAACUUGUGGAUUAUGGCUACUGUAGAAUUCACUCAUUACCACAUCCCCAAGCAGAAGGGAUGAGCUUUGCAGGACCUGAACAAAGUUAUAAGGACUAUAUAAACUUAAAGGACCACUAUAGUUCCAGGAAAACAUACUCAUUUUCCUGGCACUCUAGUGCCCUGUGGGUGCCCCCACCCCACCCUCAGGGCCCCCCUCACGCCGGGGUCUAGGGGUUGUAAGGGGUUAUAUUUACCUCUUUUUCCAGCGUCGGGUGGGGGACUCUCCUCCUCCUUGGCUGAAUGUGUAUGCGUAGCACGAGCCACGCGCGCAUUCAGCCAGUCCAUAGGAAAGCAUUCUCAAUGCUUUCCUAUGGACGCUGUUGUCUUCUCACUGUGAAAAUCACAGUGAGAAGCGCGGAAGCGCCUCUAGUGGCUGUCAAUGAGACAGCCACUGGAGGCUGGAUUAACCCAUAGGUAAACAUAGCAGUUUCUCUGAAACUGCUAUGUUUAUAGAAAAAAGGGUUAAUCCUAGCUGGACCUGGUACCCAGACCACUUCAUUGAGCUGAAGUGGUCUGGGUGCCUAUAGUGGUCUUUUAAGAGUAUCCUAGCACCAUAACCACUACAAUAAGGUGUAGUGAUUAUAGUGUUAUUAAAGGGUUCCCUGAGGAAUGUGGUUGUAUCAUAUAUACAUAAUGCAGGGCAGUUUUUAUAUAUUGCAGGGACAAGCGAUAUGCUGAGUACAUAGGGUUGUGUUGUAAAGUGUGCGUUACCAGGCAUUCUAAGUGAAUUAAAAAUUUAGACCAAACUAAAAACAGUUGACUAGCGCGGUGUUUCCAGUUUGUGUAAUCUUGGGUUAAAUAUGGAAAUUCCCCUUUGACCUUCAAACAAUGUACACAAUUAUCGAAGGUCAUUCUCUAGAGUGAGAAUUCAAGGUGAAUUUCAAGUUUAAGGCCAAAGCAGCCAAAAUGCAAGCAUAUCUGACUUAGAAAAUUUUCAAAAAAUUCAGCUAUUUUGGCCUUAAAUUCGAAAUUCACUUUGAAUUCUCACUUCAGUGAAUAACCCUGUAUAUAUAAGUUCAUAUUCCUAUUAUGUAGCCAUGAAAACAUGGUGGCUCUGACAGCAUGCCCACAGCAGGGAGGUGGAGGGAAUGGUCUACGUGCAGAGCAGCAUUGGCAGCCCCCUGUGCCAGUCUCUGGCUGUGCCCUGAGGGAGCUGACAGACUGUAUACAGUGUAUGCAGAUAGUGUAUGUAUACAGUGUGCGCUGUGUGCCCGCCAGCUCGGGGAAUGACGCUAAGGGCAGCCGGACAGCUAGGCUGAGGGAAAGGGGGCGUGCCCACCUCCGUAACGUUCGAAGUGGGUGUGGCUCGGCGGGGCGGUUAAAGGCGGGUCCUCUUGACAGCCAGAGCCGUUCCCGGCGUGCCCCGCGGCUCAGCGAAUUUGAAUGAGGAGUUUUGCGCUUUCGGCGCCAUUUUCGAGUCCUGACUGGAUAGCGGCGAGAGAGGAAGGCGGAGGGGAGCGCGGGGCGGCCGGAGUGAGGGCGGGCGGUCGCCGUGUGUUUCUCGGGGAGCUGUGUGAGCGGAGCCGGCUGUCAGUGCGGUGACUGGAGGUGAGCGGAUGGCAGGAGGGCUGCUCGGACAUGGCAGCUCGCUCAGCCCGGAGUUAGGUCGCUGCUCUCCCCGCCGGCGGGGGGGGUCCCGGAGUCCUGGGCAGUCCUGGCUGGCUGUGAGUGUGUGGGAGUGGCAGUCCACCGCUGGCAGUGUCAGGGAGGGCUGUGUGUACACACUGUGCACAUGGGUGGGAUGACGUAUCUCCAGCUGGGGGGGUGCUGCCUCCACACCUGUCAGGGAAGGAGCGAAAAAUCACAAAAAAUUAUUAAAAAAUCCCAGGAACCCCCCUGAGCCCCCCGGGGUGCCGGCCGGGGUGUGGGGGGGUCAGGGUUUGAAUCUGGCGGUUUGAGCGGGACCCGGGGUUAUGGAGGGGGAGGGGAUCUGUCACUGCCAUCUGAUGGAAUAGACAACACUGGGGGGCUAGCAACCAGGGAAUGGGGCUACCAGGGGGACCCCAAUAUCGAACACCCCCUCACUGACCCUACUGAGAGGGGGUGUGGGGGGGUUAACCCAUUCAGGUUACUCGGAUUUUAAUUCAUAGAUUUAUCAAAACGGUCACCAAAAACUUGUAUUUUAAUUCCAGUCUUUCGGGGACUAUCUGAGUUUUAUGCUUUAGGUCUGGGGUUUCCAGAGGGAGUUAUAACCCCCCCACCCCUCUGUAGGACUACAACACCCAUGACGCUCUUUCAACUAUUAGUCUGUUUUUAAACGACAGGGGGUUACUUUUUGUCCUUCCCUCAAUUCAGACACUACAGGGUUAUUUGUGUGUGUUUUUGUCUUUAUCUAUGGGUACAAGCUAUAUUUAUUGUGAGUAGGGAAUGUGUAUUUGGCACUCCCGACCUGUAUCCUGCAAAUUAUCUGGAAGGGGCGGAGGUGGUUUCUGUAGGCACCUAUUAUAUAUAUAUAUAUAAAUCUAUAUAUCGAUCUAGGUCUGUAUGAUGGACCAAUGGUAUGGGGCUCUUAGUUUUGUCUGCGAUGUAGUUUCAUUUUUACAGUAAUCCAUCGAUAACGUGUGUAUGUGUAUAUAUGUGUGUGUGUGUGUGUGUGUGUGUGUGUGUGUGUGUGUGUGUAUAUAUAUAAAUAUAUAUAUAUAUAUAUUUAUAUAUAUAUAUAUUUUUUUUUUUAUUGCACGCACCAUAUUAAUGGCAAGCUAUGCUUAAAAAGUGUGUAUGUAUUCGGUCUCUGGACAAGGAAACUCACUGCAAGGGAUUAAUAUACCCAUUGUUUUAGGAUGUUAAACACAGCUGAUCUUCUCAACCCUCUUUUAUUUAUUUAUUUAUUUAUUUUAUUCACAUUUUAUCCAUAGCUUAUCUAGCAAUGCAUAUUUUAAUAUAGAGUCUGUACCUAUUUACACCUGUCCAGGCAGUUGUAAUGCCAUGUAUUUUCUGGCCUUGGGUGUCUUGCAUGGUAACUGAUACAUGUUUAGACAGAACUAAUUAUUUUUACUUUAUUCGAAGUGUGUUUAAUCAGGCAGCUCCUUGUAGUGUUAACUUAAAAAAAAAAAAAAAAAAAGCAAUUUAAAGUUAGUAUGUUCAAUGUCACGUUGCCACUGUCCAACAAUUCUACACAUAGUUUUCAUGCAAGAUGGUCUCUGGCGUUUUUAUCUUUGUAUUGUAAAAUGUAGCUAUAUAGCGUGUGGGGUUUGUUUGUUUUUUUUGUUUUUUUUUUUAAAUCAAUCUGUGUAUUCUUAUUUUGUGCAUAAACCUUGGAGACUUAGAGUGCCUUUCUUGCUGGAUUUUUUUUUUUUUUCUCUUUGGUUUUCAAAUCCCACUGCCUGUCUUGUCUUUAUUUUUAUUUUAUUACAUGUGAACCAGAUGCAGAAUUAAUUUGGAUGUUUAACCUGUGCAGUGCCUAGUGACUCGUAGUCACUAAAGGGACAUCCGAAUUUAAGCCAGCGUAGCAUUUUGGAUCUUUUUUUUUUUCUAUCUUACUGUUCCAAUUGACACCCUUCUCCCACACAUUUUAGCAUAUCUCAACUGCCAAAGUAAAUAUAACAGUUUUAAUGAAUUUCUUGGAAUAUUUUAGUGUGUGACUCCUUCCUCUUUCUUACGCACCGUAUUUGGAUGUUAAAUAGUUAUUUUGCCAUUUCUGUUGGUAGUAUUGUAUGGGGACACUGAGGGACAGGGAAGAUGUAGUGAAAGAAACCAAUGUAGAAAGCAAGGAGUGACGACUAGCUAAGUUGCUAAUAUUUCUGAUGGCAUAGGCCCCAUAUAGUUCAUCAUAAGUUGGCUGUCAGCCGCAGCCUGUCCAAAUGUAGUUGUUUGCACACAAAUGCAAUUUGGUAGCCUAUUUAAACUUUAAUUUUGAGUAGUAAUACACAUAUUAUGUGUAUAUCUAUAAAUCUUUGUAACUACGCCUCAAAAUGCCUAUUGGAAAUUUUUGUAGCAGUUGUUCUAUUUACUGUAUUAUUCCACUUAUGAGACUUAUUUUCUAAAGUACAAGUAGUUUGUGUGAGUAUUCUCUCAACAUAAAUACCAAUCUCUUAUUCAGAGUUAUUACAAAUGUAUAUUCUAGGUGGGCAAACCUUCAACUUCUACAAUAGUUGGCUUGUUCUUCUAUAUAAAUCUAUAUCUCUCAGAAUAUUAUAACAUUGCGACUGGCAGUGUAUUUCCCCCACCCCAAUCAAAAAAAAAGUAUCUUCUCAUGAGGAGCAACUGCUUACAAUAAAAUGCAAAGUUUGUGCAAUUAACAGAGGUGUGUGUAAAAGAGCUAUACAUACCAUAUUUAAAAAAAAACAAAAAACCCUGCUCUAAAUGUAUAUUCUUAAAACAAUUAGUGCUUGCAUAUGAUGCAGCAAUUUACAAUAAGGUGUGUUUUUUUUUUUUUUUGGACACCCAAGGCCAAUAAAUACAUGGCAUUAAAACUGCCUGGACAGGUGUAAAUAGGUACAGACUCUAUAUUAAAAUAUGCAACAUAGGAAGCAGUGAAGAGGGACCUUCUCAAGUUUGUAUAGUGUGUACUUUUAUUUUCUUUUUAAAUUUGUACACACAAAUUGAAAACCUGGUUUUGAUGGAAUUAGUCCACAAUAGUACUUCUUAGUUUUGGUCGAGGUAUGUAUGUAAUAACUGACACUUGUACAUGGAAAUUGUUUUGUCACAAUUUAUAACAUGUAUAACAAAACAGUAAUUUAAAGAGUACAUCUAACUUUUCUGUUCCAUUCAUUGAUUAGAUGUGUGGAUAUUUAUGUAAUAAAAUUCUAAAUGGUAUCUGAUUAUGAUUGGUAACUUUGGUUUUGUCUCAGCAAUACAUUUUUUUUUUUUUAGUCCAGUAAAAAAAAAAAAGCAGCUGUUAAAAGAAGUGGUAUGUAGGUUUAAUAAAAAAAAAAUAUAUAUAUAUAUUAUAUAUAUAUAUAUAUAUAUAUAUAUAUAUAUAUAUAUAUAUAUAUAUAUAUAUAUAUAUAUAUAUGACUGGCAUAAAUCUCCUAUCAAGGUGAUCCUCUAGUCCGCUACAUAAAAACUUCUUGGAGGGUUUGCAACUUUUAACCUUUUGUUAGGCCUGUGUUACUGUCUCAAUGUCCCAGCCUUAUACUGAUUGCUGUCAAGUUGGCUUUGUGAAACCAUUCAAGGGCAACAAAGUGGACUUGCACCCCUCUAAUGCAGUGUGUGUGAUAUCUAUAUCCUGUGGUGUGGUGGUUUUUUUUUUGGUGGUUUUUUUUUUUUUUUUUUCCUCCUUCCUUAAAUCCCCCUUUAUCUGCAACUUUCUAUUGUGACAUAUUUCAUAUAUAUAUAUAUAUAUAUUUAUAUAUAUUCUCUUGUUAAAUAUAUUAAGCUAAAUUGAUUACACUUAAUUUUUUCCUAUAUUUUCUCUCUAAGAUUAUGCAAUUGCAAGUAGUACAUGUUUUAUGACUAUUCUAAUUUAAUAAAGUAUAGAAAACCCUUUUAUAGGAACAUGGGAUGCAUUUCAUGGCUCCCUAAUCAUUCCUUUGGUCAGUGACUUGCUACAUUGUGUAAAAACCAUAUGUAUAGUGUUUUUUGUUUUUUUGUUUUUUCAUGUUAAUUUCUGCAGUAUGAUAACCAAAGUGUAGCAGUUGGUAAGCACACUUUAAAUUUUCUUCUAUAUGCAUAAUGUGCAUAUGACAUGUGUUAAAGAACACUGCUUUUCAAAAAGAGUGACAUCAUGCAAUUCUACAUGGCACUUUUAUUGCAUGAUUUGACCUUUGAAUAUCUAAAGCAGGUUGGGUUUGAGGAGGGGGAGCUUACUGCUGUGGUUAAAAAGGCUCUUGCAGUGCUGAGCUAAUGUUCAGUGCUCAAGCUACAUGCAUACUCUGGUAGUGUAUACGUUACUGAUCUCUAAUAUGUAUGCAUUUACUAUAUUAAGACUAAUAUUUGCCAAUUUUUAUUUUCCUAGUGGCAAGUCGUGCGGGACAUGCAUUAUGGAAUUUACAAAGAUACUUCUGCCACAUGGUUAACAAGUGAGUUUAUGCUGUUCAAAGCAUGUACAUUUACUUGCUCCUUUUCUUGACUAAAACAGCCCUGUGCAAGCAGUAGGUGAAUAUUUUUUUAUUUUAUUUUUUUUUUUAACUUUCCAACAUACAUCACCUAUAAAAUGCCAUGAUUGCCUUUAAUGUCUGUAGACUUUCAACUGGUAAAUUUGCUGUAGUAUGCCACAUAUGUAAACUUUCUUUUUCUUUUUUUUUUUUUUUUUUUAAUCCUGACUUGCUGAUAUUUUAAUGUGCCCUUAUCCAGUUGGUAAAAAUAUAUAUAUUUUUUUUUUUUUUGAGGUUUAUUUCAGUCUGAUAGUGUGAACUACAGACCCAAAACUAAGCAUGAAAUAAAUGUUUGCAAAAUGCCAGUUACAUGCUAAGAAUUAGGUUUGGUUUUUUUUUUUGGUUUUUUUUGGUUUCCACCAAAAUUGCCAAAUCAGAAGCUGACUUGUACAAGUCACUUCAUCCAGACUUUUGAGUGAACAUGUUGUGGAUGUCUUUUGCAAGUUUGUUUUCAUGUUCCUUGACCAUCACACCAAAAUAUGCACUUAAAAGAUUAAAGAUAAUUACCCAUUCUUGCCUCUUUGCCUGCUUUUGUGGGUUGUUUGGUUUUCUUUUCUCCACUUCACCUUCCUAAUUUUAUAAUAAACAUUCACUUUAAUGUUCAGAGUUUUUUUAGCUACUCGGUGGGGGGGGAAUUACUGCCUUCUGUUUGUACAAAAAUACUUAUCGUAGCGAGAAUUCAAAGUGCUCUUCAAAUUUAAGCCCAGAGUAGCCAAACUGAAGUUAAAAUUUUUAAGGGUUAAAUAACCAAACUGGAAAGUCAGCAGUGCUUUCACUUUGACUUGUUGCAUUAUUGAAUAACCCUGACCAUAUAACUCACCUGGAAUGAACAAGUGUGCCAUGGACCUAUCUGGCUUGCAGUGGCAAGUAACCUUUAAGGCAUGUCUAGUAGCAUUGAACUUAUAAGUCCUGGUGUGGUAGGCAACAUGUACACCAAGAAGCAACCAUUAAUAGAAUUUUCAGCUAGCUGUUUAAGUUAGGUGCUGUGACAUAGUAAAGCUGUGUUUUUGUUUUUUUGUUUUUGUUUUUAUUGUGUGCCUAUCUUGGCAUGAGACCUGGAAUUAUAACACCUUAGCUGAAGCCACUACAAUGUAAUAUUGAACACUACUUGGGGCCUAGUCACUAAAGUGACAAUUGCAGUGAAUUUUGAAACCAAAAUAGCCAUACUAGAAAAUAUUCUUUAAUUCAGUUUGGUUUUUAGUUUGACUAUUUUGGCCUUGAAUUUGAAAAUCUUUUGGUUUCUGGCAAUUUGCACUUUACUGAGACACACUACUGAUUCUUAUGCUUGUAUUUUAGAUUGUGCUUUGUUGGUUUUUAAAACUUUUUUUCAAUUAUCACAUUGUACACAUGACUUGACUAGCUUACUUUAAAUUUAGCUGCCGUAGAAUGUGAUCUUCUAUAUGAUACUUAUGUUUUUUUGGAAUUAUAAACUUUUUUGUAUGAAAAAUCCUGGUAAGCAGGAUGUUUUGGUGAAUAAAUGCAUCCCCACUGCUACCUCAAACGAUACUUUAUAAUAUACACCACCAACUACCAUAAACAAUAUAUUUGGAGCAUGAAGUGCAUAAUUUCCUAUUUGGAGAGAAAUGGGUUCCCAUGUGGUGACUAUCCUACUCUUAUUAGGAUCUGCCUAGAAGUGAAAGUUUCUUAAAUGCAUUUUUAAGAGGGAGCUCUAUGGUUUACUGUGCAUUAGAGAAUCUUUCUGCCCACUGUUUGUAUGACUGGACAUUUUGCAUAGUAUACUGUUGCAGCACUAUGUGUAACAAUAGGCAUCCAGUAUGGGGCUAUCGUAUCAACUUGUAAACAUUGAAGGCAAAUUUUUAUUUUUAUUUUUUUUACACCGAUGCAGAGACUGAAUUCUGACAAAUUUCACUCUAGAGUGUCUGAAUCAUGCCAAAAUGGCUAAAUUGGAAAAAAAUCUCGGUCAGAUUUGCUUCUAGUUUUUAUUUUUUUGCUUGACUUUGACAUUCAGGAUUUAUUUUUCACUGUAGUAAAUAACCUUGCAACGGUUUUGAGCUUGACUCCUAGAUCAGAAUAUUUUUGCUGUAUCUAUGUCUGAAGGUACUUAAAAGUCUAGCGAUAUGCAGAUAAAUACAUUGUUGUAACAACCAUAAACAAUGACUUUAUUUUUUGGCAAAAUGUUUAUAUAUUUUUGUGGUUUUUCUCCCAAGCUAUAUUUUGUGCAGUUGCACUGUUGGCUUUCCAAAGCAGUUUAAUUUAAAAAAUUUUUUUUUUUUUUUUUACCCUUGUUCUCUCUUAAAUAUGAAGGUUAGUGUUAAUGUUUGUUCUUGCUUGCAGAUUGUCACAAAGUUCUGAUAUCAAUCUUCUGCAGUUAGGAAGUGUAAAUUGUGAUCUUCAUAAAUCUAAGUCUGUCAAUGCUUGA